UGCAAUUGUUGAGUGUGGGGAUACAUGUUUUUAUUUUUAGUAAUUUUUAUAAACUUAUUCUUAUUUGCCAGUGUACCUUACUACCACAACCCACUGUAGUACACCCAAGAAAUUUGUUAUUUUUCUGCGACACCAGCCCUUCCUAUCGCCUUUCAAUCAAUAAUUUCAAAAUUUCCGACAGCCCCCGAAUGCAGCACUACCCCUUGAGUUUACGGUCUCAGCGCCGCUCCAACGUGAUCGCGUCUCCCUUAGAGAAGCGGAGUGGUUUGUGAGGAGCGCUCAUAUGCUUUACCCACACUUUCUUUUCACAGGAUGUAGUGACAGAGACCGAGCGCGGACAGACAGACUGAAAAAAGCGGCUCAAACUCUGCGAUGUGACAGACCCUGGUGGGCCAGAGAUGACCGCCACAGCGGAGGAGAAGCAGAAAGGAGGAGUCCGGAUGAGGCAGCUCACCGCGGGCAGGUCUUGACGGCUGCUCCCGCUGACCCGAGACUCCCUUCGCUGCUGCAGCACCCCACGGUUUACACAGUGAAGAACUCAACAAAGCCGUGAUACGCUACUGCCCGUCUGUGAACCUUGAGAGAGAUAAUGGCGAGCCAGGGCGACUGCUGCGUGAAGGUUGCGUUGAGGUAAGCCUUGGGCGUCUGUCUGCUGGAAAUCCGCCGACCUUAGCAGACCACAUUGUGUCUGUGCCUGCUGGCAGUCAGUUACACGCACCCUUCACACCUAUAGUCAUAUAUACCUCAUUAUUAUUGUCCCCACUCGCGUGCACUAUCUAUCUAUAUCCCUACAGAGCAUACUAUUACACCUUGUUUUGUAAUACAUGGGUGUUGCUCUGAGUAGUAUUGAUAAGGAAAAGCAUGUGCCAGCACCACACUAUCUCCAUAUGGUUGUUUGCAUUUACGAGCGGGAUAAGUUCUCCACAGCAUGAGUCCUCUAUAUAUGUAGGUUGUAUUCAGAAGGCUCCUAAACGUGGGGUGAAAUGACAAGGACAGCUGCAGCCAGGUGCAGGGAAGAGAAUGGGCGUUUCUCCCAAACCAUCUUUGUAUUAUUAUUCUCACAUGCAGCUUCAUGCAGUCCCACCUUAACCUAAUAGUCUGCAGUAAACGCAUUUGAAAUGCAUGGUUACAUUUUUUAUAUAACAGGGUUCAGAAAUAAGAUGUUGUGCAUUUUUUUGUCCUGUUUCUGCAAAAAAAAAAUGGGCACAAAGACAUGCUCUCCUUCAGAGCUGUGUCAUUCACUGCCUUUGUUGGAAAUGCACCCAAAAGCUCAGGCAGCAGAACAGAAGCUUUUGGAUCCACAUCACAUGGAUAUUUGCAGCCCAUCGAUUAUGUGCGUCAAGACUGAAAGCUGAUUUAAAGAGAUCAUGUAAAUGUGCAUUUUGCUGGCUCUGGAUGUCUCAGCACUGAAAGACACGACUGUGGUGUGAGUGCGAUUGGGGCUGCGCCUGUUAUCAUGCUCAUUUAGCAGAUUAAGGAGCUGAAGCAGUGGUCUGAUAGACUCACUAUUCUUCAACUCAGACCCUCCCAUAUUCUGCCACAUGAGCUGGUUCCACUUGCACACAUUGGGGGUCCUUGAAGAGCAUAUGUUGUCAUGAACACCCAUUGUACAGAUGGAAACUCAAAACUGGCAUCCUCACAUCCUCUUUUAUGUGUAAAUGUAAAGCAUGUGUAGCAAAACAGAGUGAAAUUUAACUACUCUUCUCUCAAGCUCACAUUGUUUCAACUUAGUGGGGGUUGAGGUUGGGGUUGGCCCUGUAUGGCAGCAGCUUUUUAAGAUGAACCUAACAACUGAUGGCCACAUUUCCCUUGGGUCGAUUUUAAGAGUCACUUGUCAAUUAGCUGCUGAGUGGAUCUCCUUUGUGCUUGUUCACAGCAGCAACUGUAACAGGAAGUGGGGUGGGUGGCGCUGACAGAAAAAGCAAAGAGAAAGGUGAAAAGAGAAGCCUCAGAGACAGCUGGUGCUUGCUGCUCAGCUGAAGUUAUUGAUUAAAGUCUGUGAAGCCACAGACAGGCUUGUUGAUGGAGAGUAAGUAAAUGAGUGAAGAUUACGCGCAUGUCGCGACAAACAUACACAUGUGGCAGCUUGUUCAGUUGUAUGCAUCUCAUUUGGUGAUGCAAUGCUGGCAUUAUAAACAGUGUGUUUAAACACAUUUUUCAUAGCUAUUAACCUAAUUAUCUCUGCGGAAGACGGCUAUCCAUUAAUGACUUUGAUUUUGCCCAAGGUUUCUACCUGUUUAGAUGCAAACUUUUCUUUGUUACUGUUGCAAAAUGCUUGAUUUUGUUGGACUAAAGUUGGGUGUUUGUAACAAUAUAAGAAACAAUAUAGACCUGAAAACACCCCAAAAAGAUUGAAGCCAUGGCUGCCUAUUUGGUUCUGCUUGGGGUUUCUGCCUGUUUUAUCAGAGGUUUUCCUUGUAACUCAUGCAUUUAUGCUCGGUCUUUGUAAACAACAUUACAAAAGAUGUGAUGUAGACCCAAACAUAAACAAAAACAUCGAUUUAAAUCAUUGCAGUCCACAGAUGACUUAGGUUCUGCUUGAGGUUUCUGCCUGCUGUAGUAUAACAGCCCUCGGUUAAGGUUGAGAGUACUUGCCCAUGGUGGAUUGAGGAUGUAUCACUGUAAAUAAGAUUAUGUUUAGUGUAGCCUGGCAAUAAAAAAGGUUCAAUAUUUUUUUUUGGCUUUCAACCACUGAGUUUGGUUCUGCUUGAGGUUUCUGCCUGUUUUAAUAGAGGUUUUCCUUGUAACUCAUGCAUUUAUUUACACACUUUGUAAAUAACUUUAUACCCUGUGUAAACAACAUUACAAAAGAUGUGAUGUAGACCCAAACAGCAACAAAAACAUAGAUUUAAAACAUUGCAGUCCACAGAUGACUUAGGUUCUGCUUGAGGUUUCUGCCUGCUGUAGUAUAACAGCCCUCGGUUACUGUUGAGAGUCCUAGCCCAUGGUGGAUUGAUGAUAUAUCACUGUAAAGAAGAUUAUGUUUAGUGUAGCCUGACAAUAAAAAAGGUUCAAUAUUUUUUUUUGGCUUUCAACCACUGAGUUUGGUUCUGCUUGAGGUUUCUGCCUGUUUUAAUAGAGGUUUUCCUUGUAACUCAUGCAUUUAUUUACACACUUUGUAAAUAACUUUAUACCCUGUGUAAACAACAUUACAAAAGAUGUGAUGUAGACCCAAACAGCAACAAAAACAUAGAUUUAAAACAUUGCGGUCCACAGAUGACUUAGGUUCUGCUUGAGGUUUCUGCCUGCUGUAGUAUAACAGCCCUCGGUUACUGUUGAGAGUCCUAGCCCAUGGUGGAUUGAUGAUAUAUCACUGUAAAGAAGAUUAUGUUGGGUAGAGCCUGACACUAAAAAAGGUUAAAAAUAAAAAUUUGGCUUUCCACCACUGAGUUUGGUUCUGCUUGAGGUGUCUUCCUGACACUGUUUUUUAUGCUCAAGUUGCAAAGUAAAUUUUCCUAAACUUUCAUUUAGUCAUUAUUAAUUGGCUCUUUGGUAUAGACCUAAAAAGGUAAUGGUAUGAUAAUAUCUACACAUAGAGCAUUUUGUUGAUAUUGGCAACACAUGAUCAUUUUGAUUGGACAGAACUGCCCUUUACUUUGGGAGGGGUGUGUUUAUUACACAUCCACACUAACCAGUGAGUGUUUUCAGUUUGUGUGAUCUGUGUGUGUAUUUACUUGCCCUCUGAGUGCUACCAAGGAUGUCUGUGAUUUUGACAGGAAAUGGGAAGCCCAUAAAUAAACACACUGAGAAGGAUAACUUCCUGCUGUAGAAGUGACGGUUUUCCCAAUGACCCCUUAUCGUCUUUUUUUCCCCCUUUCUUCUCUGAGAAAGUCGGCCGAUGAUAAGAGAGGAGGGUGUGGAAUUGCUCCCAUGUUGUGUAGCCCCUCAGGCGGACCCUAUGCAGUGUUUGUGUGUGCUUGUGUGAGUGUGUAUUUGGAGGGCAAUGGGGUUAUUGUAAGGGCCGACGAACGCACAGACACGCACACAAACCCAAAUACACACAUGCAGUCUCAGUCGCCGGCAUCCAUUUCCUGAAUGUCUGCACAGCCUUCCCUAAACAAUGUCCAUAUAACCAGUGACAUGACCUACAAGCCUGCUUUCAGACCAGGGGAAACACACACACACACACACACACACACACACACACACACACACACACACACUGCAAUGCAGUCAUGUCAAAUGGGACAAGAUGCAUGAAAAGUCACUGAUUGCUAAGUGGCUGUCAUUAAAUUGCAUCUGGCUCAGCUGUUUUGUUUUGUUACUGCUGCACUUGCUUACAAGAUAAGCUCAGUCUAAUGCCAAUGAGCUAUGUAAAGAUGAAGACUCCCACAUUUUCCUUGUCUCACUCACUAGAACCCCUACGCAGAAAAUCGCAGACAACCAUAUUCACGGAAAGACAAACGUGCAGUUUCACUUCCUCCCCCUCCUCCCGUUGAUCUUAUGUUGAGAGGGGCAUUUGGCUCAGAUUGAAAGCUUUAUGUUAGGGCUACCUCUUAGCCUUCAAGUGGUUCCGCCAAGGCCUCUAACUAAGCUUUUUUUGUGUGUGCAUGUGUGUGCAUUAACAAGGUGUAACCUGGCAUGUGAGUUACAUGUUUCCAUUUGCAUGUAUUGAUGUCUCUUGUGCUGUUUCUCUGUAGAUUUGUUGCUUACUCAUUUCAGACCAACCAGCCGCUCUCUUCUUCCAUCAAAGUACUAAGUCAGCCUCUAGCUGAGUAUAAAUAGACACAAUGGUGGAUUUUUUAAGCACUGCUGAGUCCUUUCAACUUGUGACCGCUGGCUGAUGUCUUACCUAACCUAUUCUCAUCCUCGAGGCUUCCCCUCCAUCUGAUUAGAUCUGUUUUUCCCAAAGAAUCAGCUGAGGAAUCCCCAAGUAAUGACUCCUCAGUCCUGUGCAUUUCAUGCCUCUGUGGUUCAGGGUCAUGACAGCGGUGUGGGUGAUCGUGUGCGAACAGAGCACAAAUUAAUCUGUGUUCCUUAUGUCCCGAUGUGGGGAUGACUGCUGUGUUUUGGAUGGUUAUGACGCAGAGUGUUUUGGCUGAAAGGCAAAUGGGUUAUCUUUAAUCUCAUCACUAACGUGGUGAUCAAGGAGUCAAAAAUAGCACUGUCAGCAAACAGCAAAGUAUUUCAUAAUUCCAUAAAAGUGCUGCAGACUUUUGCAGCCUCAUGACCAAAACACUUCAAAACAAACCAGGGGCAGCAGAAUAUGACUGCAGAAGGGGGCCCCUCACAGCUGAUACACAAAGGCUUUAUAUGGGAGGUUUUCAAUAAAAGGUGGUGUUUUGUUGUUGGUCCUGUGUCCUGUGUCGGCUACCAGUCUCGCCUGUUUCCUGUAACAGUUUGCCACACAGGCUCUGUCUAGGUUGCACACCUCCCCAGGGGGCUGCCUUUAAAAAUGGUUGGUGGGAAAUUGUGUUCGUGUUUGAGGGGUUUUUGUGUGUGAGACCGUGCAGCCAUCGGUACUAGUCACAGGUUAGUGCUGCAUUUAAUCUCCCCAUGAGUGCAUUCUUACACUUGGUCUCUACAUUCAUCCCUCUGGCUGGGGGAAAAAAAGUGAAAGCUGUUUCACUUUGCUGAUUAGACCCACUGCUUAUGUUGCUUCCAGUCAGUGAUUUUUGCCUCAGUCAAGGGAAGAGGAGCAGGAAACAUGACCAAGCACCCGCCCAAGUUGCCCGUCCACAGUCUACACAUCGCUUCCUCUUCAUGCUAGCUGGCAAGCUUGUCACAUGCUUUUUUGUUUUUGUUCUUCAAACCCCUCUGACCUAACAGUUCUGUGUUAAUGCCCUUUAUGGCAGGACUGCUAAAGAGACAAUCUGUUCAGAAUUGCUUGGGGAAGGUCUUUGAACUGAAUGAAAUAUUGAUGUGCAGAGGGCAAGAGCUUUCAGGAUGGUUUUGCUUUACAGAAAGAGACUCAGUGUUUAGUUCAGGGCCUGUUGGUACCUGUUGCAUAAUAGGACUUACAAGCAGAUUGUGGUCUGGAGGUGAAAAGGUCCUCUGCACAAAGAAGUGAGUUAGGUUGCCGUGCUACACUUCUUAAUCCUGGUUAUCCAAACAUCAACACAACUUCUCUGAAUGACACGACUGCUGUUUAUUCAGCAAAGCUUUUGACAUCAGAAGAGUGAUGUGUCUUUUGUUUAGUGUGCAGAAAAGUAAUGUCCCAGAGCGACUAACUUUCCAGUAGCUCAAACAGGGAUUUAAGAUCAAGCUUACAGAUUAGUCAAGAGAAAGCACAUUGAAACAAGACAAAAUUCAACAGAAUCUAACACAGAUGAAUACAGAUGUCAAGGGUCUACAGGUAAACAGACAAAUUGGUUUACUCAGUGUGGCUAGCAGAGCUAGUACCACCAGCCUUACCUGUCAAAGUCCACACACCAAUGGUGGUUACCUGAGUGGUUUUAUGCCAGUCUCAACAGACACUGCCUCCAUAAGACUUUAUUUCCAUUUUCAAGAUCAAAAUCCUUCCAGACUUAGCAGCCCUGAGAUGCCAUCUGUCACUGUAUCUUUCUAACAUCCACGCGAGCAUUGUAGCAUAACUGCAGUAGCCCAUAACUAGUACUUGUAGGUGGCAAGUUGAUGGACAAGUGAGAUAUGAAUAGUCAUUUUGACCAACUAGUUAUCAGUAACAUCUAGUUAUAAACUAGCUAAUUUGGUUGUAGACCAGCAAGAAUUUAACCAUUAGUUUAACUAGGCCUGGACGAUAUAGAAAAAAAUCAUAUCGAUAAAAAAUAAAUCAUAUUGAUCGAUAUCGAUAAUUAUCGAUAUAAUUAUUAUAAUUAUUUAACAUAUAUUUUAAUUGCAGCCCUGGAUGUUUUAUGCUAUUGCUUAAUGACCUACUUUUAAUAAAGAACACACAAGCACUGAAUUCAAAUUCAAACUUUUAUUCAACCACCUUUUUUAUUUUACCACAACUGAAAGUUUUUUAAAAAAAAACUAAAAAAAAAAGAAAUCAACUUAAGUGGCCUGAGUGACGUCAGUAAAUACUGACAAACAUAAAGACUUAAGUGACCAGAAAAUCUGAUAAAUAAAUAUUUAAAUAGUCUUUUGAUGAAAAUAAACAAAACAAACAAAUAUAUAAAUAAACAGAAUAGCUUUAGGUGGGAAUAGCAUACUACCAGUUUUAACUGUGUGGGAAACUGCCCACAGCCUGGUGUCUGAACACUGAAAUAUUUCUCCCGGGGUCGGGAGAUUUAUUUUUUUUAAUUAUCAUGUGAUUGACUUAAUACACAAACUAAGCACGAGAAGCAGGACUUAUCCACGCCGGUGUUGUGUCGUAGAAUGCACCCCUGCCGAAUGCACCCCCUGCUAGUAGCCAUGAUCCAAAUACUCGCGUCUUUGUAAAAUAUGAGCUCAUUUUCUUCCACUUUAAGAAGCGAAUGAGUGGACGGGAUGCAGGGGUGCAUCCUACGGCAAACACCGGAACGUAUUUCCUCCGCACCCUUCUCACCUUUCAACCCCUGACCCGUUUUCAUGCCUGAAGCGCUGUGUUUGAGAAACACUUGCGGCCGGGCACUUCAUAUCGCGGGUCGAGAGUGGCUAGAAGCUGGUCGAAAACCCGGCUUUUCAACGGUAGUUAUUAGCAGUAUGUCCCUCGCUAUGGAGCAUGUUACUGCAUGGGUGAUGUCCUUAUGCUGCUCGGACGCUUUGUCGUAUUUUGGCAAGAAACGAAGUCCAGUUCGGUCUGCUUCACAUGCUUUGUGCUGGUGCUGGCAGCGGUUCCAGAGGAUUCCUCCUCCGACGACGUGGAGCCGCGGCGCGGCCGACACAGCUCGUACUCCUGCGGGUGCGAUCGGUUUAGAUGGUAGAACAAGUUGGUUGUGUUACCAGACUUGGUUUUUACUAAUUCUCUGCAAAUUUUGCAAACGACCGCUGUUCGCUUUUUGUCAGACUUCUAAAAACCAAAACACUGCCAUGCUGGUGAACUACUGAAACCUUUUUUCGGGACAAUGUCCUCCGCUUCUCCUUGCUGUAUCAUUUUUUCUAAUACACGUGCUGUCUGUUGUGGUUUGAUAGGGGCUGGGCUUGGUGCCGUAGCGUACCUGGGUCUGCGUUUGUGAUUGGUUGGGAGGAAGCAAUGACUGUAGUAAAAGCUACAUGAUAGGCUAUGAUGAAAAAGAAAGGGAAACUGUGUUUUUCUAUCGAACUUUUUAUCGACCCGUUUUUUUUCUAUCGCACCACACGUCUAUCGAUCGAUAUAUAUUGUUAUCGAAUUAUCGUCCAGCACUAAGUUUAACCAUUGGUGUCUAAUGGUUAAACUUCCUGUAAGGGACUCUUGUUUCUCUUGUUUCUGCUGAUGUCUCCCUGUCACCUGCAACAGCAAAUGAGCCCAUCUGUGUGAAGAUAAGCUUUUUCUUAAGAGUAAAAACGAGGAAAACUGGAGCCGGUGGUCGGGUUGGGACUCAGACCAGAGACAACACGUGCGUUUUUUUCUCUUUAUUUUGCACUGAAAAUGUGCAUAUUACUGUCACUACACAAAUGGUGACAGCGUCUUGCAGCAGGAGACUCCUGCAGGCAGCGUGUCAUGCUACAGCUGCAGCCACUGAGACAGACAGGCAGAGCAACUCUGUGUCACUAACCUCGGUAGUCCUGCUGCUCCACAUCUGUCUCGCACUCCACGUUGGGUUGACCCAGACUCGCUUCCUAUUUUAAAUACAUUUACAAAGUAAGUUGCCUCAAACUGCUCACAAAAAAGUCAGUUUCCUGAGCCCUGACGUGUGUGCCAGAUAAGUGUCUUUACGACAAUACGCGCUGAAACAUUACCGCUUUUGUCCAUAGUGGCUGCCAAAAUGAACAGAUAAUGAAAACUCCCUCCAGCUGCUUUAAGUUGACUAUACCUUUGAAUGAAGAUGCUAUUAAGGAUGUGUGUGUUUAGCCCAUAGACAAUACAAAACACAAAAGAAGUCUUGGUUACCUCACAUGGUGGUUUCUGAAGGAGUUUUCAAGCCAAGUGUUGGCAGUCACCAGACUGGGAAUGCUAACUAGCUCAACCUAGCUUUUGGUGCUUUUUGGUUGAACUGACUAAUUGAUAAACCAAAGUCAAUCUUUCUAGUUGGCACCAGAAUAACUAGUUGGUGAAACUGUUUACUUAUAUUUUUUUCCACUGAAGUCUGCCACACUUGGAAAACUAAUUUAAACUAAUUUCACUUGUUUACCCACAGACUGUGAUUCUGUAUCUAGUUUAUAAGGUGGGGUGGGAGAAAAAAUUGAUUCACAUAAAUAUCACAAUUUUUUGUUUUACAAUUUUUAAAUUGAUUUUUUUGUUCACUAAUCCUUUUUUUCUUCAAAUUUAAGACUAAGUCUUCAAAACUGACUUACAUGUGAUGUGUAUUUUUUUGGGCAGAUAUGGUUCCUGGAAAAGUCAGUAGACAAGCAUAAUAAUUCAACUGAUUCGCUGGUGUUAAAAAUUCAGACUAAAGAUCAAGAAAAUCAACAAUAUCGUAGAAUCACAAUUUAAAUUGAAUCGGCAUCCAAAAAAUCGUAGAAGAAUCGGAUUGGGAGAAAAGCAUAUUGUCCCAGCCCUAAAAUAAAUGGUGCUUAGUUUUAAAUGUUUUUUAGGUGUUUUCUAACUUUUAGGCCAGUUGAUCUUUUAGAAUUAAAUUCCUAUUAAAUGACUUGUGAAUAAGUCGCUCCAGCCUCAAAUCCUCUAGUGAGGCAGUUUACAACCGUUUUUAUUUUUGUCACAAUGUCAUUUAGCUGAUGCUUUUUUAUCCAAAGUGACGUACAUUCAUAAACAACUAGGGCAUUGGAUGUGUUUUAGCAUUGAAAUAUAUUGUGCAACUGCUCUGCUGAUGAACUUCUCCCUAUUAAGUGCUAAAACCUCCCAAAUGGUGUUGCUGCUGUUGCAGAAUGACUUCCUGUGAGGCUGCUGCUGGACUAUCCGCACGUUCUGGUUACUUCCUGCUUUGAGAGCUGCUGACACGAUUCUGUUAAACUGAAACAUCGGGGAGAUGAAAAACUGAAAGAAAAUGCUCGGAGUUCAGUCAGGGGCCAUUUAUUUUGUGAACCCUCUGAAUUGAAACCUUCUUAAAAUGUGUUUUUUUCUUCUGUGUUUCUGUGGUGAAAAAGGCAACGUUUUUCUCCCAGAAUAUCGACACACUAGUUGAUCCUGUGUUAGCUAACUGAUGAUGCAUUAUCUCAUACUUCCCUCUAAAUAUGUGUGCCAUCACUUUAUUCUUCUUGCUUAAGCUUGGCUGCAUGUGAGCAAAAUAAAGCGUGAAACUGUGACCAAAAUGCUGGAAUUUCACCAGCUUUCUCUCCCCCCUCGGCUCCUUCCUCUUCUACUCGCCCACUCCUGCACGUGCACACAUGUAUGCACACAGAUGCAGACUCACAAAUCUCUAAUUAUUUGCAUUCAUCUAUGUGAAUUCUGCAAGAAAUGAAAGCCUCUUCAGUUUGACAUUUGCAUUUAUUUAGCUGAAGCUGCCUUAUAAAAGGUCCUUUUUGAUGAUUAUUCACACUGCUGAGAGAUGAAGAAAGUCUUUUGUCCCACUCAUGAAACAUCUUCAUUGGCCAAGCUUUUGAGAUUUUUUUACAGGUGAGGGUUAAAUACAUCUAAAGGUCUACAUAUUUUCAUGAACCACAUCGCCUGGUCGUUAGUUUGAACAUUGUUGUGGUCACUUGGAAUCACAGAGAGUCUAUGAGGGAGGGGGAAUGAGGCCCUUUAAACAGAGCACCUCUCGGCUGAGCGUAGACAGAGGACACACUGUGAAUGAGUCUGAUGUCACUGCAGGUCUUUGUGCUCUGUGCUGAGUUUGCACUCACACACACACAGAUAAAGACACACUGAGCAAGGGCAGAGAAUUGCAGGGUAAACGGGGCGAUGAAGAAAAGGCGAUAUUUUCAGGGAGUAGGGUCGACAGUGUGAGGGAGAGGUUUGGAGAGUCCAUUUCUGACAAUGUCUUUGUUUUAUAAACUGCUCCCCGACUUCAGAGAGGAGCAAUGCUUCCUGCAAUUCAACACAAUAAAAACAAAGUCAAAUCAGAGAGGAAAGAGGCAGAGGGGGGUUUGGGUGCAGUGGGGGAAACUGGGGGUGACCGAGGGUGGAGUGGAAAAAAGGAGCAAGUGUGUCUUCUGUUGUCAAAGGGCCACUGUAGCGUGCAAAUAUGAGCUCCUAGCCAAACAUGCAGCGACCGUGUGCGUGUGUGUGUGUGUGUGCGUGCCUGUGUGCGUCCAUGUGUGAGUACAGGCCUGUGUGUUGGUUGUACGUCUGAGCAUCGCGUGUAUGAAUAAUUCGGGCACAGCUGCCCGUGGCAGCCGUAUUCCCGCGAAGGGAAGACGAUUCAGAGACAGAGGCCCUCAGGUGUUGUGUCUAGACUUUAUAGAGUCAAUAUACCUCUAUGAUUGGAUGUAGAUUCCUCUUUCUGAACAAUAUAAAAUGAAAUUGUCUUCUGCUUUUGAAUGCAUUAACUAGACAUAAAACACAACCUGCUGGUAAAGGAGUGACAAGAGUGGGAAAUUAAAGGGCUCCCUUUCCUUCUCCUCUGUUUUAUUCAUCACUUUAUCUCUUUGGUUCCUCUUAAGACUCACAUCUUUCUCUGGCCUUUUAAAUGUCCUCCAGAGGACUGAACACUGUAAGAAGGUCAACGUUUCAGUGGCGGAGCUUUACCGUGCUCUUUCUGUUUCUUAAGUGUCCGUCUGAAAUGGAUUUAUUCAUAUUUUAGAUGUUUUCCUUGUGAAUUCAUAUAAGGGAUUUUAUUUAGUUUUACGUACCCCUGAGGCUUUCAAAAUUGGAUUUCAUUUCAACAGGAAGUGAAGACAUUAUGGGCAGGACAAAAGAUGGAGAGGAUUAGUGUAUAAGUUUGUAUGCCCCAGUAGAGCUGUUGCCAGUGUCUACUGUGUAGAUAUGAGAGGGUUGGCUUUGUGUGUGAGACCAGCUGGCCCAUAAUAACCAUCAGUGCUAAGUCGCUUAAUCACUGCUGGAGUUUGUUCUGUUUUGUCUUAUUGAGGGAUGAAAAAAAAAGAUGUAAAACAAAUGAGUUCAGCACAAAAACAACAUGAUCAACUGAAAUUCACAAAAUUGUGGGCCUGUAUUUCACUGUAUUUCACUAAACCUUGGUUAAUCUAGCAUAGACAUACACAGACGUAUACACAUUGUGGCUUGCUGCUUUAGCACUCAUACUGAGCGCUGUCUGAAAGAGUGGGAGGCUGGGCUGGUGGUAAUACUAACCAACCCUCCAGGGAGGCAGACAGACGAGCAGAGUCAUGGCAGCAGUCUGCAGCGCAGCAGCAAAUGUGAGAAAAAAAAGGAGUGUUUUUAUUUGACUGGUAACCUUUAUGUUGUUUGAAUCAUGCAACUUGACAUUAAAAUAUCAUCCAUGUGAUCCGGUAACGUGGUGUUGGAAUUGUUUUAAACAUGAGUCAUUUUAGGUAUAAUCGCCUGAACUUUCAUGGAACAUAAAUAAUUUACAUUUAGGCUCAGGUUAUGUCUAAAAUGUUUACCAUGUGCAAUUUAAAAAUGUAAAAUUAUGAAUCUAUGUUAUAAUAAUAAUAAUAAUAAUAAUAAUAAUAAUAAUAAUAAUAAUAAAAUGUUAUUCAUAAUGCGAUUUUACAGGUGCUCAAAGACCCUUUACAAAAAAACACAAUUUGAAAUACAGAAAAUUUGGAGUAAGAAGACCAACAAUGUAAAAGGUUAAAAAAGACACAAUAUGAAAAGACAAUAAAAGAACAGUUCACAGGUUAAAGGCCAAUUUAAAAAGGUGUGUUUUUAGGAGUGAUUUGAAAGUAUGGGGGUCUGUAUGGUCUCGGAUGGGUUUGGAGAGUGAAUUCUUAUCACAUGUUGACCACAUUGACUGGCAACAAAUUCAUUUAUACAUGUACACAUGGUUUGAUUUUAUAAAAUCAUUGUAUUACAUGUGACAUGGGGUUUUCAGAUCUUUGAAAAAUGUGUUUUUAAAAUUUCUACAUGUAGCAACCACAAGCAUCACACGCCACAUGUGAAAACUUUAUUUCUCAUGGAUUUUCUAAGGGUACCAAACCCUAGAUAAUUAAGAGCAAAUGUGAACACCAGCAUAUUUUUGUCUCUGGAGGAACUGCUUCUUGUUACCAAUUUCCUUUUGAUCUUUUAUGAAGUCUAAACUGCGUCUCCAUACGCCACUGCCACUAAUUGAGUGUCACACCAGACCUGUGUUGCAACAUGCUUUGUGGUCUGCCGAUCCAGUUUAUCAGUAAUGUUUGUCAGAUAAUAGGUGUUUGUGUUGCUUACACUCAAAUUCUACACAGUCAUGUUCCCAACAAGCUCAUCGGCUAAAUGCAUCCAUUUAAAGUAGAUGCCGUCCUAAUGAAUAGUUCCUGUCAUAGUUCAUUGAAGUAAAUAAAAAACACUGACACCCCCUGACCUUGACAAGACCGUCUGUCAUGUCAGAAGGAGGCUAAUUUGAUUCUUUCGCGUGCCUCCACCUCCCCCCAUGUUGCCGCAGACAGAGCAGACAGAGCAGAUGAGGGGGUAGGGAGGGGGACAUGAAGGGAUGUGGGGUGUGGAUUGACCCAGAAUCAGCUCUGAUGAUGCGAACUGAUGUGCCCUUAUAACAAUGAGAGACGCUCAUCUGAAACUAAAUGAUUAUUAGUCGUCUUCAGCAGUUAUGAGAGCCUGGAUUUUAAGAUAUUAUGAAAUGUAUUCUUUUACCAGCACUGCCCCGACAUGAUUUAACCUAGAUUUCAAUUUCCUGAAUGACUCAUAAUGAACUUGUAACCAUUAUCAGAAUUAAUUUCUGUGUCAUUUUGUAGGUAAAUAUGAUAUUUUUUUGAUAUGGUGAAGGGUGUUUUUUUUAAUAUAUCUCACAUUAUUUACUGAGAUUGCAAAAUGAAGUUUUAAACCUCUUUUGGCUAAAUCAGUUUAAAUCAGUUCUGGGCGUUUUCCUGCCUGCCCCCCAUAAUAAGUCUUUGUGAAGUCAGGCUGUACCAACAGCAGGGGAAAAUUAGGGGUGUCCCGAUACAACUUUUCUACUCUCGAUACAAUACAGAUAUUGUAGCCUUUAGUAUUGGCUGAUACCGAUAUUGAUCUGACUUUGGCACAGACUUGUGCAUGAAAAGUUUUUCACUCUUCCGCAACACCUUUUUUUUUGGAAUUGGACGAAAAACACUGCCACAUGACCGACAUCACUCCUACUCCUUGCUUCUUUGUUAGUACCUUAGGACACACUCUUGUUUUGGAUACUUGGUAUCUGCAUGCUGGAUCUGGGCGCUGCUAGAUAGAGGUGCCGGACCGGAUUCUGGAAUGUACUGCUUGUAUCUGAGUGCUGAUAUCGGAGAUUUUAGAUGCAGGCCGUUAUAAUCAGAUAUCAGUUUUUUACUGAUAUCGGACCGAUAUCCAGUAUCUUCACCAUGACUGAAGACCCCUCCUUCAGUAUGCUUUACCUGCGAGUCCCUAACCUUAAUCAGAGUAUUUCAAUCUGUAGGUGUGUUUCUGAUAUGUGUGGAGAUCAAUUCUUGAAAUGUCCAAAUGUCUUUGAACGUCCAGAAAGUGUCUGAAAAAAAAAAAUUAUGUAUUAGAGGAACUUCAGAUGGUUCAAAGCAAAAGCAAAAGAUGACAUGUCUCACAGCUGUUAUGUGUUAAAUUUUGUGUUGUAUUUAAACAUCAUGUGUUGCCUGUCAAGUUCCCACAGUGCCCUGAACCUUUACCUGAUAUCAUUAGCUUUGAAAUGUGAAGUUUAAGAUCAUGGAGUGUCCUACAGAUUCGACUUUGAGGUCCGGGCCUGGCUUCUCCUCAUUUAGAUGACCUGGUUUGUCAUAUGCAUUGUUUCUUCAUUUAAAGAGCAACCACACAAAACAGGAAAACAGCAAUAAGGCCACAGUUGUGUUUGUAGACGGACCAUAAACUUAAGCUGACACUUUUAUUUCUUCCAGACUAAAUCUCUGAUGGAGACUACAAGAGUUUGCAGCUCAGUCAGUUGAUCUUUCUUGAAAAGUUGACCUGGCCCUUUAUAGACAAUGUAGGACAGUUCCGUCCUUACAGUCUGGCUCGGUUAAGAAAACGCUCAUGUCAACAUGGAUGAACUAGUUCGCUCAUUUGUGCUCCAGCUCAUGCUAGCACACCCAGUCAAACCAAUGAUCACAAUGUAUGUAAACCUGACUCUGGCUAAGCACUGGUUACCAAUCGACAGCAGCGCCUCAGGCUGCAGGGCUGCCAGUCUGUGAGGUUCAUUUGAUAGAUAAGGUUCAUACAAAGGUUAUGAAGAGUACUUUGCAUGUAUUGUAUGUUGCAUUCAAUAAAUGUCUGGGCAUUGGUGGUGAAUAGAAGACUAGCCCAGCACCUGAUGAGUGUGUGGAAAUGUUUUUCAGCUAAAUGUAUGAAGCAGACAGCCUCUACUGCUUAACAGCUUGUGCCGUCUGUCAUAGAAGGUGAAAGAGACCACCAGCACAAUAUCAGUCAGUGCUUCAUUAAAAUUUCUUCAUUUCCAUGGCAACAAGGCAAAACAAUCUGAUGCAAAAUUAUCAAAUCAGAUAUGAUUCCAUAAAGACUUCAGCUGCAUUACCUCAGAAGUCAGAUGUCGGAGCUGGGAAUGAUGUUAUACCCGAGUUGAUGGCGUUCUGGUAAACAAGUCAGAAAACCAAAAUAGACACCUACAGUUAGCUGUGAACUGUUGUUAGCUGUUUUAAGCUAUUGUUAGCUAUACCAGUUGCAAACGACGCAUAACACAGUAUUUUACACAUACAAACACGAUAUUCCCACGUCCACAGCAAGACGUUGGACAGUACUAUGUAUACCACUUGUUAAAUUUCACAAUAACAAAACAGAAGUGCCAAUAAAUAAAACAUUAUGAGAGCUUUCACUGUUGCCGUUUACUGUUGAUGCAUGAUGCUGCCAUCUUGAAUUAUGGUGUUGUGGUCAAGUAGAGGUUGGUGAGGGUGAUUGGAUUUCCUAGUCAGAAAUCCGAUUUCAGCACGGUACUCCAGAUGAAUUCUGACCGGGAACUUGGAAAUUCAGACUUUCUAGUGCAACUGGAACAUAGCAGUAAAAAUACUGGAAAAUCCUGCACUUGGAAAAUGAUUGAUCACUGUAGUUUGACUUUUUGAUUGACUUUUUGGUUUCAGCUCUAGCUUUAGUUUACAUUAAGAUACUACAUGUAAUAAGACUAGGAAUACGUGGAUGUCAUCAUGGCACUCUGGGAGAAUCAGCACAUGUUCAUCAGUGCGGUGACACAGACGCCCACCUGGGCAAGCCAGCUGUCCACACCCAGCGCCAUGCUGCCUCUUGCAAAUGCUGCCCCACUACUUAUGAAUAUUGUCAUGAAUUUUCCUGCUUACAAUAUUCAAUGUCCCCCCCUGACUUUCAGGUUUACAUAUUCAGAGUAAGCUCCCCUCUCCAGUUACCUCAUGCAUCACUGCCUUUGUUUGUUUUUUUUCUCAUUAAUGUUUCUUCUUCUGAUGCUCCCCCCUACAAGAGAGGUCAAGGCUGGUUAAAGCAAUUUCUGAAUGCAUUUACCGCUGUAUUAUUUAAUUCAUGGCUUACACAGCCUUCUCUGCCAUGGACACAACACAGCCAGGUGCCCUUUGCUUGCCAACACCUAAGAGAGAGCUGGACCUGAAUUUGAACUCCUGUGUGUGUGUGUGUACUUUGUUUAUGUGUGUGUGUUUGGCUAACAGCCAUUACCCUGCUGUGAUGUUGGGCCCAUGUAGAGGAUUGGAGGCCUAAGUGAGAGACAGAUUUUGUAGUGAAUGGCCUCCUUCCACAUCCCAUUAUAACAGCGUGUGUUGUUAUUUCAGUACACACACUGAUUACUGUAAGAGCACACCAUAGACAGAAGUGGUGCGGUUCUGUCAGUGGAUCGGGAUGGAUAGAUAGAGAUGAGAAAGUCUGUUGGAGGUAGAGAGACAGUUGUUUUUUUAUGAGCAGAAUCACUGCAGACAACUCAUUCAGAAAAAUCAAUGUGAGCACUGAUUAAAUGGGCAGCAGGACAGAAAUGUCUGCUGUGGCUCAAUAAUCAAAGAUAGAGCCUUUCAGCUGCACCGCGUAUGUGUUUGAGUGCUACAGUUACUUAUCGAUGAAUAUGUUUGAAUUAGUGUUAAACAUGAUCUCGAGAACAUUAGCUUAAAAGUUUUUACUGCCAUUAGUUGUUAAUGUAAAAAUGUUUUGAGAACAUUUAUUCAGUUUUGCUUUUACAUGAUACACAAAACUUCUUCUUAUGGUACAAAAGCUCUUGACUUAUUUAGAUUCAGCCAUGGCAUCAGGAAGGAGACCUGCUCUCACUCCACCUUCGUACUUUCACUCUAAACUUUGAAAUGCUGAAAAAAUUGUGUCCCUCUGUGUGUGAAUUGACUUUGCAUCAUAUAUUCGCGUAAGUACAAGAAGCACAAUGUUCAUACUGACAGAGAGAGUGCUAAAUAUACACACAGUCUGAUGCAAAAACACAGUACUGUUUUGUCCCGCAGCUCUAGACUUUGACAGUGUCCUCUUACAACUUUAAGAUCCAAACUUAAAUACCAUUUUAACGAAGCCUAUUUGGGUUUGUUUCAGUGAGUUCCAUACAUAGACAAAAUAACCCUCCAGAUAGUUUUGAAAGAUAAAAACAGAGCAAAAAAAAAAUGCCAUCAAUAAAAUCUGGUCACUUCCUUCAUUCCCUAUGCCAUGCCAGAACAUUUAGCCCCCACUUUCUUCUUGUUUAGUGGAGAUUAGACAUUUACCAUCUUAAAUUAGAUCAACAUCUCAGUUUACUCAUGACGCAUAAUUUCCAUCAGUCUUUAUUAUAUAAUGGUGUCUCCAUGUAUUAUUAUUUAAUUAUAUGAAGGAUUGAUUCUGUAUGUAAUGGUGUCAACAUUAAGUUUUAAAAAAACAACUUUUUUGUCUUUUUGACAAUGCAUUGCAGCGCAUUUGAUUUGAAAUGACAUGCAGGAAACUCACAAAUUAGUAGAUAAUUUAAUUUCCAUUCAUUUUCAUAUGAAGGUGACUUGAAAGUGUCAUGUGUAAGAAUAAGGGCCCAUUAACCACCCACUUUGGUUUCUCCUAGCACCCAACAACAUUGUUUACUGCUGCUAGCUUGUCCCACAGCACUUUCACUCUUAUAAGUAUCGGUGCUAAAGUCUAGUUGAAUAUGCUCCAUGUUUUCUUUCAUUUAGAGGUAUUUUACUAAUAAAAUGUAAAGAAACAGCUGAUUUAAAUUGUGUUGUGUCAUUAGCAGCUCUAGACCUGGAAAUUGUACCCUUGAAAAAGUAAGUGUGGCUUGUUAGUUUCUCCUUCUUGUAGGACUAAAUUCCCACCCCUAUGCUGGAGAGAUAACCCCAGUGAGUGGAAUAGUUGUCCAAAAGUUAAACUACCAUUUUUCAACUAAGAGUCCUGUGAUUUAUCAUAUGGUUUUUCUUCUAGUUUUUACAUCAGUUACUAAUGUGCCCGCCCUCCUUCCACCGCUGCACCUCUGGGCAUCUCUGAUUUCAUCCUACAGUCACUAAUAUACCCAGGGCUCCUAACCCAAAAUAGGCUGAGCCAAUUUCCUGAGUUCUCAGGGCUUUUCAUGUCAAAUGUGACAAUCUUCAUGAAUCGCCAAGGGCAAAUCCCCCUCUUGUUCUCAUUUUCCCUUCCUUUUUGUUCCCACUGUCUUUGUCUUUUGUUUGACUCUUUUAAGUGGAAGUUGUCGAGGGAGAGCAACAAGGAGAUAAAAGGUUGUUAAUGGGCUCCACCUCGAAGCCUCUGUAGAAGUGUUGUAUCAAAUGUACAGUGUGAACAGGGUACAGUGUGACAAAGGCUGCGAUCACCUUUCACUGAUCGUGAGUGUUUAGAGACACUCACAUACUGGACUUUUCACUGAGGAAAUCAAUCCUACUAAAGGAGACCAAUAAGUCAGGGUUGAACCAUAAAUGAUAUCAAAAGGUUGCAAAUGCUGUCAAAUGAUUUAUUUUAUUUAUUUAUUAUUUAAUUUUAUAUUACAUAUAUUUUUUUUUCUUUUCUGACUUCCUGUCUGUAACUUUCUUGUUUUAAAUUAAAUGUUAUUUUUGUUAGUUGAUUAUGAAAAAGCAAAAUGAAUGACUGUAUUCAUUUUUGUUAUCCUAAGGCCUGUAAUUUUCCCUUGGCUGGAAACUGUCUUUUUAUCAGUUUCUGCUGAGUUAUCUUGUCCCAGUUGCUAUGGGAACAAGACCUGGAGGUGCUCACAUGGACAGUGUCAAACUGGGAAAAACAGCACAUUAGUAGACUUGUUUUAAUCCUUGAAAUUGAAGAAUUUUCUGUAUGUUUUUUUGUUAUCCAACUUUUUAACGCUUUUAUGGAAUUUAAAAUUUUCAUACCAUCUUUUUAUGAACGCCAUUUUUGGCUGAAUAUUGUUGUCAUAACAUGAUAGAGUAAAAAUAAGAAAAAAGCUGAAUAUUGUUGCAAAUCUCUGUCCAUAUUGUGCACAAACACACAUAAAUACACACUACAUCACACACAAAUUGCUGCGUCAGCUUUCUUAAUCCUAAUCUGAACUCCGACAAUGACAAAGCGCUAAUCGAGACAUGGUACAAGCAAACAACAGAUGCCGAUGGAGAUACUGUCCUCCUGUUUACGUAAUCUCUGUUCGUGAUGUGGCUGUAAUCUCCAUCAAAUAGAAAAAAGACAGUUCUGUCUAGUAACACUACUGUGCUUUAGUUGUGCUGUAAGUUUAUCAGAUGUAUGCAUCUGAUCGGCACACAUCCUCUCAGGAAAAAACAGUAAAUAAGACAAACUUUGAGGCUUUUCUCAUAAAAAUGAUGAUUAUCACUCUGCUUGCAGUUAUAGUGGCUUUUAUUACAUCAGGGCAUCUGUAUCCUGCACACUUAUAAAUAUACAGAGCUUUGACUUUGGCAGCAUUUCAAGAAAUACUGUUUAUUCCUUUUCAUUUUAAGAUUAAUCUAGAGUGACUUGCUUGAUAAAUGGAGGCCCUGCUGUAUAUGUUUGUGCAUUAUUUCACUGCAAAAUACCAUUAGGGUUUACGAGAAAUGGAGGCUGUGGUGUGUAUGUGGAGUCCACACCCCAGCGGCUGACAGUGUGACAGGGCUGUGGUGCAAAGAAGUCAGGAGGGAUGCAUCCUGAAGCAGUUUGGAAACCACAGAGCUACCACAGACAGGCACAGACAAGCAUGGAAUUAAAGGGCAACACGUUUUAGCUCAGAAUAAUUAAGGAUGGAUUGGACUUGUUAUGGAUUGCAGCAGUAUUUACUUUUAAAGGUGUCUCUAGGAAUGUGUUUGUUCUCCAUAUACUGUGGAAACAGAGAACCAGGCAUCCAAUAAAUAAUAAUAGAUUUAUAAAAUGUUGAUUCUUUCCCACUGAAGCUGUGCUGUGCACCGAUAGUGAGUCAUUUGACAACAAAACGUAAUAAACACUGUUGGUUCUCUUCAAAGACGGUCUCCAUUGAAUGAAACCUUAGGUAAUGAGGUUUGGGAAAGAAGCCAAAUAGAGAAAGGAUGUGUUGACAUGUUUUACAGUUGUCUCUCUGCUGAGUGGUUAUUAAUGAGCGGUAUCAGGUCACACCACCUUUUGUUCUGUCUGCCCUUGUGGUGUAGAGAGGCAGGAGCAUGGGACAGGGUUCGGUCUUGUGAUGCAGGCACAGUGUAUCUAUUCAUUUUGACUUUAAAGUGUCGCUUUUAUAAACACAUUUUUUUUUUUUUUUCAUAAUUGUUGACUAAGCUGCUUUUUGCAAAAUAUUUGAAGUGAAGUCCGGGAAUGUGUUUUCUAAUUUGCAAAUUCAGAUACCAAGGAGUAUUUUCUUUUCUUUUUGGUCUUACAAACUUAUUUUAGGUGUUUUGUUUUUUUAGCUUCAUUUUGAUCUCCACCAACUUCUGGGGAAACUAUUUUUACUAGGACCGUCAAAUGAUACAUUAUCUGACGACCGGAUAUAUCAGAUAUACUGAAAUAACUGGUCACUCAUCAAUGUCCAGGGAUCUUUGGAUAACAUCAUUAUUUAUUUAUUUUCAUUUUCGAUGCUUUCUCUGUUUCAGUUCUUUAAUGAAUUCUGCUUUUAUUUCCCAGAGGCAGUAAGGUAGCGCUGGGCCAUAAACCGAAAAUUUGCCGAUAGUGAAAUUUACGACAAUAACUGACGUCAUUUCGCUCUUGUCAAUAUAUUUGGUGUAAAAAAUAAAUAAUAAAAGUUGGUUUUGGAUGUGUGUAGGGAGACUAAGGUUUCAUGUCCCUUUUAAGCUGCUGUUGGAGAUGUGACUCCACCCCAUCCAGUUUAUAACAAGAGGGAAAGACAGGUGAGGAGAUGGUGGACGGUUCAAAAGUUGUAGUGGCUGAAGUAGACGAAGUUAAUGUGGGAUGGGGUGAGCAGCUUGUGGAGUAGUUAUUGUCCAUUUAUCGAUAUUGAGGUGAAUUGUUUAAUAUAUCGUGAUAUUGAUUUGAGGCCAUAUCGCCCAGCCCUACAGUAAGGCAUAGUUGGUCACAUUGGCCAUCUUGAAUACAUUGGCUUUUUUAAUGUGGUUGCCCGAUGGCAUCAGUUUGGUUAGCCAUCCAUGAGUCAAAGUUGACGUUCUUUGUUUUACAUUUUAAAGUGAUUUUUAAGGGCAUAUUAAUGAUGUAAAGCAGUUAUUGCCAGUGUCUUGAUUCACUAUUCACGGUUCUUGAUUUGUGUGGUCAAAACACUUUGAUAAGUAAAGCAUGGAACGAGUGGAAGGAAAUAAAAAGAUGUAGCUCAGGAGGUAGAGCGAUCAGCCAAUAACUGGAAGGUUGGCAGUACAAACCCUUCCCGUAAGCCUAGUCUGCCCGUUGUGUCCUUGGGCAAGACACUAAACCCACCUUGCUCCCAGUGUGUGUGUCCUCCACUGGUGAAUGAUUGUGAAUGAUGUGUGGUGGUGGUUGGAGAGGCCGUAGGCGCAAACUGGCAGCCACGUUUCCAUCAGUCUGUCCCAGGGCAGCUGUGACUACUAAGGUAGUUUACCACCACCAAGGUGUGACUUUGUGAGCGAAUGAAUGAUGUAUCCAGUGUAAAGCGCUUUGAGGUCACUGACAAAAAGCGCUGUAAAAAUCUGAUGGAUUAUUAUUAUUAUUUGUGUAGAUUUGGAAGGAGAUUGGUGGAUUUGCGCAAUCAUCCAAGAUCAGCAUAGCUCCUGCGUUGUUAACCUUGAUCUGUGAAACACAAAAUCAAUUUUAAUAGCCUCGCUGUGCAGACUGUGCAGUGUAAACACAACUUUUCCACUGUUACCGCUCAUAGUUCAUACAUUACAGCGCAGCUUUUACUUGACGGCGGACUGAUUGUUGAGCUUUCAGUCAACAUCUAUUAGAUCCUGUGUGAUGGGGGGGGUCUGUGUGUGUUUACAUAUACAGCAGUUGUUAGGGAGCAGAUUCAGUGAUUGAUGUGUCAUUUUUCCAUUAUGAAGGUGAUAUGUGAUCGUUACAAAGAAAGAGAAGCUGACAGUAAGGAAGUGAGACAACGAGGAAAAGUCCAUAUCAGUGAUUGGUCUCUGCUGCUAUCAGGGGAAAAAGGAAAUGGUACGCAGGGACACUGGGCUGCUUCUGCCAUUGAGGCUUUUGUCCUGGCUAUCUGUUUGCACUGGCAACAAAGUGAGGGACAAAAACAGGCCAAGGUGUGAGAACAGGGGCAAGAGCAUGAGAAGACAAGAAGAGAAGAGAAGGGUCUUGUUUUCCUGCAGAAAAAUGAAAACAAAAACCGUGAAAAACAGGGAGAGGGAGAUUUGGAGUAUUCUCUGAUUGAGAAAGUAGAUAAUGGGUCGAGUGUUGCAGGAAGCAGCUCCUUCCAUUGGCUCUAUGCCAGAGGAAAAACAACGGAGAACCCUAACACCCACAGCUCAAGAGAAUAUGAUUAACUCUUCCUUUACGUGUGUGUGUGUGUGUGUGCGCACUGUCUUAACUCAAGUGUUUACAUUAGGGAAAUGAGCUCUUUGGCUACCACUGCCCUGUUCUUUGAAGGUUGAGUGAGCAUGAACACAAACACACACACACACACACACUAAAGCAUUACUGGCAGUUGCUGUCACUGGCGGCGAUUUCAGCGGGCUGAUUUUAUUGGUGCUCUGUGCUCUGUUGGUAACAGACUUGGCUCUUGGUCCAGCCUGUUUCCUAGAUUUUGAUUGGGUAGCAUGUCAGUGGUUGAGGUUCAGGUGAGGGGUAGAUUGUAAUAAUGGGGCGUUAUUAGGUAAGAGCAUUUUGUAAUUUGCAAUUUUAACACCCCUCGAAACGUAUUAAACUGGAAUAGUGUUAAACCCUAACAGAUGCUCACACACAUUCGGUCGCUGCACAUUAGAAGUCCCAGAGCAGUGUGUGCUGUUCCCAAGGAAACAGACCCUCCUCAAAUGAGCCAACAGAAGAAAAAAAAAAUUGGAAACCAAACUGAGGCCGUCUAUUUUUGUUAGCAUUCAUAGUGUCUCAGUGUGUGUCCACAGUGAAAAUAUUGUGGGAGCCUACCCAUGACAAUAUUUCACAGAAUGAUUAUACCGCCAUAAAUAUAAGACCCAGUUCAGGAUCAUAGUCUGUUAACCUGUUCUGUUUCUAAGACAUAAACGUUUAGUUACUUUUUCUCUUUCAACACCUAUUUUGUUUUUGAAAUGUUAUUUUUUCUUUUCUUUUCGCUUUUUGUAUUAUGACUAUGCUGUACUUAAAAAAUGAUUGCAAAUUGGACUAAAAAGGACAAAAGAUCUAAUAACAGAGAGAGAAGGUAAAGUAGAAAGAGUAACUGCAACAGGAACAAGCAAAAGACAAAAAAAAAACAAAUACAAGCAUUACAAAGAUAAUGAAUUGAUUAAAAAGAUCCAACCCACUUUAUUUAUACAGGACAUUUAAAAAACAAUUAAGUUUAACAAAGUGUUGCACAGUGCAAUAAAAUAAGUUAGAAAUACACAGAGCAUGAAAUGUUAAAAUAAAAGAAUCAUAAUAAAAACCACAGAAAAACACUUUAAAAUUAAACAAUGAAGAAAUAAAAUAAAAUAAAAACACUGUUAGAGCAAAAAACAAACAAACAAAAACAAAACAAAAGAACAGACAGAGACAGAUCACACAACUCCCAUGCUGGGUUAAAAGCCAAGGAGUAAAAAUAUGUUUUCAUGCGGGAUUUAAAAAUCGUUAAAGUUGGGGACAAUCUAACAUGAAGGGGGAGCUUGUUCCAUAAAUUAGAGGCCAGAUGAAGAUAAAUAUGUGAUAUGAAGAUGAAAAGUCAGCAUCACAUGAAUAAACAGUCUAAAAAAUGGGCUUUAAGAAGUGAUUCAAAUGAUCAAUGUCAUUGAUCCCAUGAGUCUUAUUGUCCCAAACCUUAACAUGCUUUAAAAGUAAUCAAUUAAAUCAGUUCUUUGUCAAACUGGGAGCCAGUGAAGCCAAAACUGGGUUGAUGUCAUAAAAUAUAAGAAAAAUUCCAAUAAAAACCAGAGAGAAGUCUUGUUUUCAGACUGGCAGAAGAGGACAGACUGCUUUUUCCAUUUUUGCCAAAGAGGAAAACAGCAGUUAAGUUGUAAUGAGUUUGAAUACAUGAUACUUUAUAAAAGUUUACUGAAACUUUGAAUGUAUUUUUUGAAACCUUUUUGCUUUUGAAAUCAGAUACUUCACAAAGUAAACUCAAAUAAGACCUCCUCAAAAAAGAAUUUUUGAAAACUUCAAAUCCUUCUUUUGUAACUCCAGAACCCCUGUUUUGAGCUUAAUUAACAUGUGCAAUAAACUCCCUAAAAAUUGUAGAAAUGUCAGUGAUCAGCUGCAUGUGUGAAUGCAAACAACAGAUUUUUUUUCCCUAACUCCAUCCAUAACCUUCUUGCCAGUGCUGCAGUGAAAUAUCUAGAAGAAGUCAGGAUGAGCUAGAGUGGGAACGUAGCAGAUAGAUGUCAGAAAAAUUCACCACAAGCAGAGGUUCUGCUAGUCAAGAGGCAAGACAGGCAACUGCCCAGGCCAAAAGGGGCCCCUCAGUGGCUGACAAACUUUAAACAACAGCAACAGCUCAAAAUGUGCCAAGUUUGCAAGGACAGUAGGAAACCUUCUUACCAAAGUGGGCCCCAUAUGGCAGCCCUGACUUUCACUGUGCUGUAAAGAGUUUUUGCUGUGCAAAAAUGACAACAAGUAAAAUGGUGAUCAGGAAUGACGUUAUCUUAUGCAACUAGGGCACGAGUGGUGUGAUUAGGACUGGGUGAUUUGGCAAAAAAAAUGAUCUUGAUAUAUUUUGUCAUAUAGUCCGAUCUCGAUUAUUAUCACGAUUUUUUUUUUUUGUGUAAUUUUUUAAACUGCCAGUUUUAAAUCAUCCGUACUGAAAACUAAAGAAACUAGAAAUUAUUUCAACAUUUUAUUAACAUACAAAGUAAAUAACAGAGCAAAUUGAGUAAGUUAAACUAAGAAAAAUAUAAAAAACAUUGUUAUUCAACAGAUAAAUACUAAAUAAUACAGUGAACUAGUUUACAGUCCUGAGUGUGUCUGCAGAUACGCAAGACCCAAAAUAAACAAAUCGCCCCAUCAGGGAUAAUGACGACCCACUCAAACGUCACUUUGGAGAUACCGGAACCACCGCCAUAAAACCGGCAUUGAAUAACUUUAGGAGCAUCUUUGGAGGAUGACUCAAAUUCGUGUCUGACAUCUAUUUUGCUGCCCUCAGCUCCGCGUUUAGCUCCACAUUCGGUCAUCCUGUUUACUUUCCCUGUUUACUUCUCCGGCAACUUACAGAAGUGAGCAGGAAAAGCUCGACUCUGAUUGGCUGUUGUGACCCACAGUUCUACUACGCUUGAUCGAGUAAAUAUGCUCACAGCUCAUCACCGUGAUCGGACUUUGGAAGCUUUCAUAAAGUUUAGCUCAGUCAAUUACCUAAAAUGAAUUUGAAUACCUGGCUGAGACAUCCAAGGCCAUGAAAACACUAAGUCUAAGUUGACGUCACCGAGCUUCUACUUAUCCAGCCUGUUUUUUUCUCCCGUGUCAUAACCAUCACCUUUGCUCAAAGCACAAUAAUUCAACCCCAUUCAGACAUGAUAUGGCACUCCUGCAGGUACAAAUGUCUCAUUCUGCUCAAUGAAGGCAGCGGAAUUCAUGUCCAUGUGUAUGUAAUGUGAGGUGAGGUAAGUGAUUAAUCACUUCUCUGCAUCUUGUUUCAGUUGUACGACUCCCGGCCAACUGUUUGCAUGUUCCCUAAAUGGGCUGCAGUGCUGUAACUUUUUUCCAUGCCAAUUUGUAAAUCAAUCUACGCAAAUAGAAACGAUUAAGUUUGUUGCAAUGUAAAACAAACCGCGAGUCAAUGACUUUUGCUGCUUUCAUGCUUCAAUUUAGCAAUAACUGCGAGUGUGUGUGUGUGUGCAUUCUUGUGUGCGUAUUUGGAUGUCUGUGUUUCUUCCUCCAAAGCUAAUUAGCACUACUUUACUAAUAAGUAAAUUCCCUCAGAGGUACUUGAUAAUGAGCUUCAGACUUUGUGUGAGUUUGUGUGUGUGUGUGUGUGUGUGUGUGUGUGUGUGUGUGUGUGUCUGGAAGAGCAAGAUUUAGGUCCCCUGACAAAGGACCGUGUGAAUAGUUGUAGAUGAUUUUUUGCGUCCACACAUUUAUGUGAGAACAGUGCAGGGAAUAUAAAGAAUUACCUGUGUGUCUUAGUUUGUGAGUGUGUUGCCUUUUUCAGGGGUUGUGUAGUCCUUAGGGCAUUUGAACCAUUUUCCUCUUAGUCUGCAAAGAUGAGGCGAGAUAGACAUCCUAAUUUUCUGCAUCAGGGCUCCACAAUCUGCCUCCCAGUAUUUCUUCUUUCCUCUGUUGUGUACAGACAUUUAAUCGGGUGCUUUUGUCUAUUUUUAGCUGCUAAAUGUGUUUUAGUAAGUCUGUAGUCUGAGUCUGGUGAUUUGUGUGUGAGAAAGAGAGAGAGACAGGUAGUUGACAUUAGGGUUAAUGUUAUGGAUCACCUCUUUAGUAGGUGCAGCUGGCUUAAAUGUUCAUUUAACUGUUGUAACUGAUGUGUGUGUGAGUGUGUGUGUGUAUUUAUUAUUUAUAGCUGUUCCAUUUCUUCUUCCUAUGUUUCCCUGACAGGCUGUCAUUGUUUGUAGUCUCUCUGUGUUUGUUUGUGUGUCCUGAUUUGAUGCAGGGGUUUGUCAAGUCUUUCCUGAAUUCUGUCGUACUUGUCAUGGGAAUGUUUAACUUUUCUAGGAUGGGAUAGAGAGCCCCUGAAGAAGUAUGUAGGGCAUGAAAUGUAGACACACACAUGUACUGUAUAUACUGUAUAUAUUCAUGUAGUAUGUGGGGCAGAAGCCCAGAGAUAAUUUUCAGUCUGUCUUUAAAUGAACGAUUUAUUGUUUAAUGGAUGAAAAGUCAUAAAACCCUCCAUGAGGCCUUCAUUUAUCUUUAAUCAUCUGACCUUGAAGUGUGAAAACAUUGAUUUGGCCUGAUAUUGAAUAGAGAGAAGCAGGAAAUCCCACAUUUAACAAGCUUUAAAGAAUAAAUGAACUUCUUUAAUAAUCAAGUAAUGAUCACAUGUUGUGGCAUUUUUCUCUCAAUUUACUUAUUUCAUGAAUUAACUCAGGCCUGCAUGGAAAUGACGUGUCUUUCUUUGUAGUUAAAAGGCAUUUUUUUGUGAAGUGCCUCAAGCUCUUGAGAUAAACAGACCCAGAAGUGCCCCUCCAUGAAACAGCGAACAGCUUUACUGAUUGAAAAAGUUUGUAUUUCUGUAUUUAAACAUUAUCAAGUCACUGAUGAUUAAGUCUGUUAAGGGUUACGAAUUGGCAAUAAACGGAGAGGCCAGAACAACAUUAAUGGAUAAAAUAAUCUAGAAACUGUCUGUAAAGACCCUGAAAAAAAAUCAAAAACAUUUCUGUGAGAAACUCUGACAAACUUUUAGAAAAGGUUUCAAAACUUAUAAAGUUACCGAAAACGUCUAAACACUUUCUUCUUCUUCUUCUUUUUCUUCUUCUUCUUCUUCUUCUUCAUUUUUGAUUCAUUUUAAGUAUUUCUUUUUCCUUCCUUACAUGUUUCCUCCUUUUUCUAUAUUUUUUCCAUAAUUUCCUUUUUUUAUCCUUCAUUGUCUCAUUUUUCUUUCCCCUUUCAGUGCCUUAUUUGUCCUUUUUUUCCUGCCUCCUUUGUUAUUUUAUUGUCGUAUGUUAAACGCUACAUGCUACACCUCAGACCUAUAAAUAUCACACAGAAAAGACGGACAGGGUCGAGUACACACUGAGAAAGGAGGAGUGAGGCAUCACCUCCAACCCUUUAAUUGCACAGCGGCAGCACGCUCACAGCUACAAACACACUCUUCUAAUGAGUCCAUUUUGCUGAACACGGGACACUCCUUUUCCUCCACAUCCACUUCACGUUAAUAAUUGGCUAAAACAGCACACAUAUGGGAUCUGUGGUUUUAGAUACAUUACCCUCGGUGUCAAGGUCAGCUCCAGUAAUUAAAGUGUCUCAUCUGUCUGCAGGCUGCUGUCUGUAUCUCUGACUGUCUGAGCGUCAUAAAAAGUGGCAGGGCAAGCACACUGCUGCUGAAUUGGUGUGUUUUACAACCCUUAAUCACUUCCUGGAAGACCCUCCUCUCUAAAAACUGCUCUUGUGAGCUGAGUGUGCGAGAGUUUGUGUGCCUGCGUUAGUAACGGUGUGUGGUAUGGGGAUUAUUGUGCGUUUUCAUGGUGGGUGCGGUUCUUAAAUGCAUGCUUGAGAAGAACCAUGUGCAAACUGAAGAUAUCGUGGGUUGUGUGGAGCUGAGUGUGUGUGUGCGUGUGUGGGUGGGUGUGUGUGUGUGUUCAGUAUUUGCCUCUGGAGUCACCGUGUGUGUGUCUUUGUGAUUUGUCCUCUUCAGCAGCUGCAUGUGGUCAGGGGUUUCUCUGUACACUGAGUAUGUGUGUGUGUCUUUGUUUUAAGCAUCCCAUGGGGAGUUUGUGGUGCUGUCUCAGUGUGUGGCAGAGUUGAUUUGCAUCCCCGGAAGAUUGACUUGGAGUGGGUUUAGCAGGACCAAGAGCUCCGAUACUGCUUGCUCAUGGCUUUUUCUGCAGCUUAAAGUGAUUACUUCUCCUAUGUGUCCAUAUUGUACCUCUGAAAGCCCAAGAUUAACGCAGGGCUGUGUCACAGAUUUCCUGUUUUUGUGUACAUUGAAUUAUGUGGGAGCAACAGUGUACCCUGAGUUUACUCACUUUUUAUCAGCGCUGCAACACAAGCAUAUAAAAAAAAAGUCGCUGACUGCUUUAAGUGGCUCUCCACUUAUCAGUUGUGCCCAAGAGACUUUUUGCAAGCAAACAACUUGAAGUGACACUAAAUUUAAAUACUUGGCCCUCAUUCUGUCUGUCACCGAGCUAAAAGAUGUCCAAUAUGCUUCGCCUUUGGACUCAUCUAAUCAAGGAUUAUUUUACGACUCGGAUGUCAGGUGAAAGCAAUUAACUGCAGUGAACUACCUGUCAGGACACAGAACUGUGAGUUCCCAGCUGCAGGAUUAACAGCUGAUGUAAUAAUGAGUUAUCAGCCAAAGUCAGCCUUAUCAUCACCAGUGGCCCUCUGUGCUCUAGUUUCUGUCAGAACUUUGCGUUUUCUGCCUCAUUACUAAUUUUCCACACGUCCACUGUCUUUCUAUAUCAGCAGAGCACACAAGUAUGUUGGCAUUGAUGUGUUUGUAUCCUCGGGCUUUUUUUUCUGUUUGACAUUUCUGUUUAGUUCCACUCUUGCAUAAAUAUCUUGUUUGUUUUUCCAAGUGUCAGACUGCAGAUUUAACGAAGUUUACUCAUCUUUCCUCUUGCAGUUGAUUGGAAAGUUUAGAGACUGAUUGAGAGAAGUAAAAAUGGGUAAACACGUCAUAUGGCCAAGGUUAGAUACCUUUCUUUAACUUCUGGGGUUUGAAAUGAAGGGGUCGAACAGACUUUUGCAAUAAAUAUCUCAGAUUACUCAGUCCGUCUCUUCAGCCUAAACAAACACUUUUUAAACUGAUCAUUGACUGUUAACAAAGAUCGAUGAGGUGUCUUUACAUCCCCCACUGUACGAAAGCGAUACCAAAAUGCUACUGUGAUGGGUGCUGACAUAUUUCCCUAGUGGUGCUGCUCUCUCUGUAACCCAAACCGCUGUAACAACUGCACUAUAGCAAUACACAGCAGUCUAAGGAGCCACGCACAAACCUCAACCAGAAAGCCACUCUACAGCCACAAAUAAUGCUCAGAACAGCACCUAACUUCAUCAACAGUACAUAUCGGGUCCCAGCCACAGCACUAGCCACCAAACAUCUUUUUAGCCCUGCCUAAUUUCUUUAGCAAAGAGACUAAACACAACUUACCCACCAUAUCAAUCAUUUUGCACUGCAGACGUGGUAGUUCUUCUGCCUUAGCGUCUCGGUCUAAUUGCAUUUCCAUGAAGAUAUUAUCAUAAAUGUUCUUCCUUGAGCUGCAUAACCCCGCUGCAGUCGGUGAUGGACUCCUCUGACUCCUUGAGUGAUGAUGUUUGAGUGAGUGUUGGCCCGGUUGAAGUACUUCAAGACUGGAAAACAAACAAACAAAUAAAUAAAGAAAGGGGUGUGACGUUAAGAAAAAGUGAGCAGACCUCUGUAUUCUUGCCAAAGAGGUCUGUCGCUUCAGUAACUGUUAUUAAAAAGCCCUAAAUCUGAAUUCAAAUGGAAAGUAUGAUGGUUAAUUGAUGUAGAGUUAGAUUUAAUAAAGGGGAUAAUAUCUCAGGUCCUGCCAUAUCAGUCUCUGAAUCCUCUCUAAAAAGGUCAAUGGUGAGAUGGUAAAUGGUUGGAAAUAAAUGGAUGAAGUCCUAAAUGUCAGUGUAAUUUGGGUUUACUGCUGUACCGUGGAUUAGCAGUGAUUCUAAUGCGUGAACAGUAACAAUGAAGGUAAGCAGGAGUAUUUAACCAACACUGGAUAUGCGUAGUGAGGUUUCAUUCACAACAACAAAAGUCCUUUCCCUGUCAUUAACCAGAGCCCUGAAAAGACUAAAUAAACAGACAUAACUCAUGUAUAUGUCUUUCAUCAUCGCGUCAUUAUUUGCACUCAUUUUCUCACAGUUUCUUGUUCAGACUGAAAAUAACCCAGAGAUCAUUGCAGAGCAUAUGUGCUGUGUGUGGAUCAGAUUGUCAUGCUUCAUCUGCACAGCACAGUGAAACAUUUCACAGCCUUGUUACUGGGAGGUCAUUGUUCAGUGCCUGACCCGUUUACAUUCUUGGUGUAUGGUAAAUUAAUCCUUUAUGCUUGACACAUUGUUCUCCUUUGUCCUCUUUUCUCAGGAUUCGUCCUCAGAUGGCCAAGGAGAAGAUCGAGGGCUGUCACGUGUGCACGCUGGUCACACCUGGAGAACCACAAGUCCUGCUGGGGAAGGACAAAGCCUUCACGUACGACUUCGUGUUUGACCUUAACUCUGAGCAGCACCAGAUCUACCAGGCUUGUGUGUUUAAGCUCAUCGAGGGCUGCUUUGAGGGAUACAACGCCACCGUAUUUGCUUAUGGGCAGGUACGACAUUCACGCUUGGAAUUUUAUAUUAGGGAUAAAUAAUUCACAAUGUUUUCUGUCCCAGGGUGUUGGUUAUUCAUCUUUUUUUUACACCAACCUAAUUUUUUCAUCCAUUAAAUGUGCUGUGCCAGAAAGUUUGGGGCUGUUUCUUAGCUUUUUUCUUUAUGAAAGUCCUCAAGUGGACUCUUCAUCAGCCCAAUAUUAGAAGAAAAAAAAAGAAAAGACCGUGAAGCACCAAACAUAGACUGCUCCCGUAAGUCGGAUAAGAAAUACAAGAGGUACCAUAACAGUACUUGAUAGGUUUUGAUGGUAUGGCAGUAAUGUGCAACGCAAAAGAGCCAUAUCAUUGGUGUUUAUUCCAAGGAGACCUCCGGAGCUAUCUUAAAAAAAAGAAAAAGCUCACGUUUUCUCAGAUUCUGAGUAGUUUGUGUCUUAAUGUUAAGCAUAAAGCUUCAGGUGAAAGUUUUAUUAACCAAAUACUGACAUUUGUGAUUAUUAAAUGUACUAUUGAAGUUUAACGCGUGUAAAGGAACAUUACAAAGUAAAAUGUAAAAUAUUGUUUGGUUAUUUUAAGUAAAACUUUCUGAUGUUUCUGUUGUUGGAUGGAUCCUUUACAGCCUGGAGAUAAUUACCACUUUAUGGUCUGUUAAUUAGCCCUUUUAAAGCUCCUGUUGGGGGGGGUGUAAGUCUGAAUGUUACAGACUGAAAUGAAUACUUCUUGAUGUUUCCUAGCUCCCUGUGAAAGAAAAAGCGUCCAUCAGCUUAAAGUCGAACAAUUUCUAUGCAGUAGCAUUUAAUACCUGUGGAGAAAUUGUCAGACAAAGUGGUAAAACAGAUUGCUGCACAUUUUCCACAGCAGAUAUUUGCAGUGAGUAAUGUGCUUUGCUGGUUAAUUAAAGGAAGAAGGACGAGUUUCUGUUCAAAUAAAACCACUUUGUAUGUACAUGACAAAGAAAAAGUAGAAAUAUAAGUGGCACUGCUGCAAGAGAUGUCAGAGUCAACAAAUGUACCCACAGGGACUUUAGAGGUGUUUUUAACUUGUUGAGAAAACAGUCUCAAACUGAUUUCUCUUUAUGUCCUUCAAAAGCAAAUAAGACCACCAGGAACAUGUAAAGUAUUGUUUCUGUAGACUCCUUCAAUGCUUAAAACCACUGGGAGGGCAUAGGUUUCAGACGAAAUGAUUGACAGCCUCUUUGACUUUUCACACAGCAAAUACUCAGAGUGGUACAGUAAUUUACAUUGUUGUGAAAGACGUUUUUCACUGAAAAUACAACUUUGACAUUCAGAUAAGAGGUAUCUCAUGGAACACCAAAAUCAACACAGACCAAGAGUUUCUCACAGCAGCUUUAAAGGGAUAUUCCAUCGUUAAAUUAAUUUAGGGUCAAAUACACUGUAACACCGAGUUAGACACCCCCUCGAGAGAUGAAUGUUGCCGACCGCUUGCUUCUCUAGUUAUACCAACUUUAGUAACGACCGCACAAUAGCAAUACACAGCAGUCUGAGGAGCCAUAAACAAACCUCAACCAAAAAGCCACUUUAUAGCCACAAAUAAUGCUCAGAACAGCACCUAACUUCAUCAACAGUACAUAUAGGGUCCCAGCCAUAGUACUAGCCAUCAAACAAAUUUUUAACUUUGCCUGAUUUCUUUAGCAAAGAGACUAAAGACAACUUACCCACUCUCUUCCAGCAGCCAGUGUUUGUAGCGAGACCUCAGGCCAGUCCAUUACAGACUACGGGGUGACGCAGCUCAAGGAAGAACAUUUAUAAUCAUUUCUUUAUCAUUUCUUUGAAGUAAUAAUCAUCAUAUUAAUCAUUUUGCAGACACAUUAGUUCUUCUGUCUUAGCAUCUCGGUCUGAUUGCAUUUCCAUGAAGAAAUGAUCAUAAAUGUUCUUCCUUGAGCUGCGUCACCCCGUAGUCUGUAAUGGACUGGCCUGAGGUCUCGCUACAAACACCGGCUGCUGGAAGAGAGUAGGUGUGAGUUGUGUUUAGUCUCUUUUCUAAAGAAAUCAGGCAAAGUUAAAAAUAUGUUUGGUGGCUAGUGCUAUGGCUGGGACCCUAUAUGUACUGUUGAUGAAGUUAGGUGCUGUUCUGAGCAUUAUUUGUGGCUGUAGAGUGGCGUUUUGGUUAAGCAUGUGGCUCCUGAGACCACUAUGUAUUGCUGUUGGGUGGUCGUUACUAAAGUUGCUAUAACUAAAGAAGCAAGUGGUCGGCAAUGUGAAUCACUCGAGGGGGUGUCGAACUCGGUGUUGCGGUGUGUUUGACCCUAAAUUAAUCUUAUGCUGGAAUAUCCCUUUAUUACAAAAAUGGACAAGAAAGAAUAAUAAGAGUCCUGGAAAGAGAUUUUUUUUGAAUAUUUUAAAAACAACCGUGUCCAAAGCAAGUUUUGGCAAAGAUUUAGUUAGCUGAAGAAAAUGAGACAAAUGUAAAUAAAAUGAGGGUGUUAAACAUUUGUCGUGAUGGUCUGUAGUAUAUCUGUGCUUCAAAAUAAAACAACUGGAUAAACAAAGUAUAGUAUGUGAGCUGUUGAAAGGACAGUCACUGACACCUGAUGUUUUGUGUUUCAGACCGGAUCGGGGAAGACCUACACCAUGGGAACGGGCUUUGAUGUGAACCUGAGCCAGCAGGAGCAGGGCAUCAUCCCACGGGCCGUUCACCAGCUGUUUGAAGGGAUCCAGAACAGGAGGACGCGUGCCCAGCAAACCGGCAGCCAGCCACCCGAGUUUAAAGUCAGCGCCCAGUUCCUAGAGGUGGGUGUACAGAUCUUCAUGGGAGCAGAGCACAAGAGCAGCCUCACUCUUAGAUUAGCUAAUUGAUCUAAUCUGUUAACAGUGCAGCAUUGAUGAUCUUGCUGCAUGUGGGUAGGGGUCCAUGUUAACUGUAACCAGAUGGGACAAAACAUGCAGCCGUGAGGAUCAACCCCCUCUCCGACAAACAGGAAGUGACAACCCAAUGACAGAUGGGCAGGAGUGUGUGCUUUGUUGGUCCUGAUUAAUGUGUGCCAUUACCUCGGACAUUAUUCCUCAUCACUGUGGGGCAGGAGACGGAUACGAGCGAGGGAUAAGAGGGAAGGCGGGCUGCUUGUGUAGGAGCAGUGAGAUAAUAUGACGAGUCAUCAUUUCCACUCAAGGUUUCUGGCAGGCACAUGUUUGUUUUGUCUUUAGAGGUGAAUGAUUGAAGAUAUCACUGCACUCAUGAUUUGAUUACUUUGAUAUUGUAUGAAAAAAUAAAUAAAUACAGAAACAUCAUUUUUCCUGCCAUAUAUCGUUCUCUUUUUCUGCCCUGCUCUCGGUUGUUAGUCUUUGUUUUGGACCUCUGGGGUCAAAAGGUUAUCUGUGUUGAUGGUAAACAGAUGUGUGUUUGUGUGUGUAAUUGUGUUAGCGUGUGUGUUUGGCAGUAGAUGGGAACAGCUGAGCUUUCAGCUGACCCUUGGCCCUCGUUUGUUUCCCAGAGGUCAUUCUUUCGACCUUUGUGUGAAUGAGAAACACAGCUGAGGACCAACAGGGGCACAGACAUGAAAUAAACAAGUAAUUAAUGCGAGUACAAUGCUCUUAAAAAAUAGUGUCAGGUAUGUGAAGGUUGUAGUGUGACACCUUUGUGUUCCUGUUUUUUUAAUGCAGUUGUACAAUGAGGAGAUCCUGGACCUGUUUGAUGGAACCCGAGAUCCAGAGAGUCGCAGCAGGAAGUCCAACAUUAAGAUCCACGAGGACUCCAGUGGCAGCAUCUACACAACAGGAGUCACCUCCAGACUGGUGCACACAGAGGAGGAGGUGAGGACGUGUGUGUGAGUGCGUGAGUGCGUGCGUGCGUGCGUGUGUGUGUGUUGGUGAGCAUACCAUCUGUCAAUAUAACUUAAAGCUCCUUUAAGAAACUUUAGGUUGUGCCAAUUUUGGCGCCCCCUGUGGACAAAGCAGUCUUUUUUUUUAUUUUGUCAUGACAUCCUGCUGAAUUUUGACAGAAAACAUGUCAGUUAUUGAAAAUAUUUUGCAUAGACGUGGUGAAAACAGGGCUUCCUCUUCAGCUGCUUGGCUGACAAGUACCCCCUGGCACUGGUUCACGACAUUAAAAAUUAUAAUACAAAAGUUGUCAGUCUUGUUUCUGAUGAUCUAGUUUGCUUUUAGAUAUCAUGGAAAACACAUCAAUACGAUAUCCAGUAGAUUUCAUAAACAUGAAAAAGCCCCUAGCAGGAGCUUUAAACAAGAAAAAUAUGUCUUAUAAAGUUUUAAGACCUUCUGGGACUAAAUUUAAAUGAUUGCUUGGGUAUCAGUAUCAGAUACCCAAUUGCGUAAUUGUAUUCAUGUUAAAAGUUAUGGAAGCUUUAGCCUUCGUUCUCCGACUCAGACACGAAAUCUACUUUUGCUUUCUGUCUCCAAAGUUCGUCUUGAAAUGGGCAAAAGAAGUUUUAGAUAUACUGCUCCUGCAGACUGGAAUCUGCUACAAGAAAAAUUGUGUCUUGGAGAGUUAGUCUCUUUAAAUCUUUGUAAAUGUAGAUAAAAGGCCCUAGAAGAAGAUGAAGCAGGCUGUAAAUGCUUUGACUGAAAAUGUUCUGCUCUGCAACUUCGACUUCGCUGGUUGUUAUGUUUGUAGCUAAUUAAUUAUAAUAUUUUCUUCUGCUUUCUGUUUAAAAUUUUAGAUACUGAAUUUAACUUAUAGAGAUUAUGAUCAUAAAGCAAGCUAAAAAGGGUUUUGAAGCAGUUAUAAUGUAAAAAAAUAUGACAGCGCUUGGAAAAGUGUCAAAGCUUCUAUGCUUUUCAACAGAGAGAGUAAUAAAGGGUUAACUGCAAAGACAUGGUGAAUGUUGACAGGUUGAGGCAGAGCAUGAGAGCUGCGAGAAAUCUCCAGCACCCCCACACUCUGACAACAACCAUCUGGCGGUCAGUCCUCAAAAACAGCAAACAGGUUGAAAGAUGAUAAGGGGGACUCUGCUCCAAUCUUUUGCCUCUAAGCAUUUUAGACUGUACUUUCUGAGAAGCUGCCAGAUAUAAGAAAUGUGAAGCACAUCAGCUGUGGCAGUGUGAAAGAGAUGGGGUCGAGAGGGCAGGAGGAAUGUCUGCCAGUGGAGAUAUGACAAACCACUCACAAAGAGGUUAAGGGGUGGCAGGUGGGGAUUUAAGGGAGGAAGGCUGAGGUCAAAACACUUAGGGAUUUAUUUAGUGUCCUCUCAAAUAGAGUCGAAAGAAAACGUAAGCAGUGAUGGACAAAGGAAGGGAAAAAGAGGGUAAAUUCAGUGGAGGUCAUCGGCCUGUUAAAUCCACUAGAUUCUGUCACCUGAGAGAAAAGUAGAGACAGAUGGGAACUUCUGAAAGAGAGAAAAUGUCAGAACAGAGGGAAGAAGAGAGGUGAUGGGAAAAUGAGCGAGAGAAAAGGAAAUGACUUGCUAAUGAGGAUGAGAAAGUCUUACAGUUGGUAGUGUGUUAAUCUGUAGAAAUGCAAAAAAAAGCUGAUAGCAAGUUUGAAAUUAACCAAAAUUUACAUCUGUGUAAAAUCCACUGAUACAAGGUUCUGUGCUCAAAGGCUGUUUAUCUAGCAAUACUCCAGCAUAGAGUGAACAGAGCUGGUAAUAAUAAUCAAACAUGUGCUUUUUGUGUUUGUGUUGCAGCUGCUGCAGUGUCUGAAGCUCGGUGCUCUGUCCCGCACCACAGCCAGCACCCAGAUGAACGCACAAAGCUCCCGCUCACACGCCAUCUUCACCAUCCACCUCUGUCAGAUGAGGGUGUGCCAGCAGCCUGAAAUGGUGAGGCUGCUGUUCGGCUUUUUCGAUUUUAAUCAACAAUAAUAAAUCGUAUGUUGAAAAGAUGUUGAAAUACUUUCAGGAGAACAUCAAAAAAGAUCAGAUGAUGAAAGUAAUUUCAAUAAAUGAACAAAAACAAAAGAACUUUAUUUAGUUUCCUAGCCAAGGUAGUGUUGCAGGUGAUGAAAUAAUUGUUGUUUUAAAGUAAGAAAUUCCUGCUGAUGAACUUCUCUUUGAUUGUUUAUGUCUACCCCCGCUUGCAGAACGGAGGAGGGGAGAACGGGGAGUUGAACGGUGUAGAUUCAGGACCCAUCGCACAACCGGAGUUUGAGACCCUGAUGGCAAAGUUUCACUUUGUCGACCUGGCCGGCUCUGAGAGGCUGAAACGCACCGGAGCGACAGGAGACAGAGCCCGAGAGGGAAUCUCCAUUAACUGUGGACUGGUGAGUGUGUUCACCCAAUCACACAGGGUUCCUAAACAAGUAUGAAAAGUAUGGAAAUAAAUUUGAUUAAUUUCCAGGUCUUAAAAAGUAUGGAAAAUGAAAAACAAAGUGUGGAAAAAUAUUCAUGUUUCUAGACUCUUAUCAAAGUUCUCAAAUGCUGUUUUCUAAAAUACAAAAGAAGGUAUUUCCAACAAGAAUUCUAAAAAUUGGGGUAUGGAAAAGUCUGGGAAUUCCAACUGUGUAGGAACCCUGAUCACACGUUUGUACUAUUUCAGGACAAUUUGUGUUUUUUGAUGCAGCAAAAGCAAAAUAAUUUUUGAUCAGGUCUUGUAUAUGUGUGUAUGCCUAUGUGUGUUUGUUCAAAUGUGUGUAUAUGUAUGUGUUUUUUUUUAAGUUGGCCCUGGGAAAUGUGAUCAGCGCUCUAGGAGAUCAGAGUAAGAAGGGGGGACAUGUCCCAUACAGAGACUCUAAACUCACCCGUCUACUACAGGACUCACUGGGAGGCAACAGGUAUGAACACACACACACUUGAAAACAUAUUUUACACACAGGCAAAUUAUUCAUAUGCACAAAAAAACAAAUACAUCCCUUAGUUUAAAAUUUUUGGUGUAUUUUUGCCCAGAUCUGUACAGCUCAUGGAAAAAAUUGAGUGAAAGCACUGCUCACAUUCAAGCUGUUUCGAUGCAAUUACACAGCCAGACACAGGUCAAAGCACAUUAAAAGGAUCCACAUUUCUUUGGCUCUUGAAGCUGAUUGAAUAAACAAGACAGUUAUAUAAGUGAUGAUGGACUCUAGGAAAUUAUACAGAGCAUCCUUACCUGAAUAUACUUUUUCACUCUUAUAAAAAGACCACAAACUUUACAGAUGCAUGACCAAAUGUGCAGAUUUUUUCUAAACAGUAAGUUUCGAAGUCUUUGUUUUGUCUAAACCCUUCACCUUUUCCUCCUCAGUCGCACAGUGAUGAUUGCCUGCGUCAGUCCAUCAGACCGGGACUUUAUGGAGACGCUGAACACACUGAAGUAUGCCAACCGAGCGCGCAACAUCAAGAACAAGGUGGUAGUGAACCAAGACAAGACCAGCCAGCAGAUCAGCGCCCUACGUGCAGAAAUAGCCCGCCUUCAGCUGGAGCUGAUGGAGUAUAAAGCGGUGAGAGAUAGAGGGAUGGAUGGAUAGAUGUGUGAUAAAGGAAACAGAAGGGGAUGAAGAAAAGAUUUAAGGAUAAUAAAGACAAGGAGGAGCUAGGAGAAAGAGAUUAGAGAGGAUGAAGAAUGGAAAGUGGCAGGUGGAAGAAGAGGGACAACAUGGGCUGUCAGUGUGUCUGAUGCAAUGAUGCAGUAAGAGAGAGAGAGAGAGAGAGAGAGAGAGAGAGAGAGAGAGAGAGAGCUGUUAUGAUGGAUGAAAUUUGGAAGAGGAGCUGAGCAGAAGUAGAAAAAAGAAAACACUAAUGGGAGUAAAAGAAGAUCAUUUUGGAGGGCGAGUACCAAGAACAGAGGCUGAGCUUGCUGUUGCAGCUGAUUAAUGUAUCAAAUUAAAGAUCUUUACUGGAACACACACAUCCAUUAAAGCCUCCACCAUACAGCGAGGUCUGGGCAUGAGGAUUAAUUAGUGCAGUGUCAGCAUUUUUACAGUGUAAUGCAGAGAUAAAAUUGAUCAUUGGGCAUGUGGCGUUGAAUGUGCUUGUGUUUUGAAUCUGUAAGUAACCUUUUACAGAAAGAAACUUUCAAGUCUGCAAAGAAUGUCUUUCAUCAGCUUUGAUAUCAGGGCCUCCAAACUGUCAUUUAACAGAUUUGUUGGUCUAUUAAGUGAUUUGAGUGGGUUACCAUGUAGGGCUGGGCGAUAAAACGAUAACGAUAUAUGUCAAAAAUUAAUUUCCCUCAAUAUCAAUAUAAAACAUGAUCAAUAUGCUUCUCGAUAGUGUGCUUUCUGCUAUGUUUUGGUAGACUAUAUGUUGCUACGGGUCUGCUUCGCGCUAAACCAAUCACAUGCUGAAGUGGAACUAAGCAGCAAACAACUGCGUAGUAGCAGGCUGCAGCUACAUGCAACAAUAGCACUUUAACGUGUUAAGCCGCCAGCACUGUCGGCGAGAAAAAAAGAAAAUGAGUGUUACCCCGGCAGAAAUGCAGAUGAAGUCUGAACAGAUGACCAUGAUGAUGAGACUGGCAUGAUAACUUCCUUGGUGUGGAGGUAUUUUGGUUUUUUGAGGUCAGACAUGAAGCGCGCAGAGAGUCAGAGCGUGCAAUGCAAAAGGUUAAAAGCCCCGAGCAGAGCAAGGAGCCCACGGCACCUGUGCAGCCGAAACAGUCGACCUAUGACAAAAUGUUGAAGAGACACAAAGACCUCACAGAUGCAGUAGCUUAUUGUACUGCAAACGACAUGCUACCAAUAAGCACUGUCACAUUUCAUUUUUUAUAUCAUGAUAUAUAUCGACAUCGACUGAUCUGAAAAAAUAUAUCAUGAUAAACUUUUCCCAUAUUGCCCAGCCCUACAGGAUCACUAGGGGGAGGUGAGCAUGUGAGUAGGACAAAGGAUAGCAAACUGACCUAAAUGUGGUAAUAAGGGAUGCAGUGUGACCAGAGUCUGGAAGUAAUGGAGUGUUGGAUUGGUGGAGGUAAUGAUGUCUAUGAGCCGUGGCUGGAUUAGAUAGUGACUCUCUGUUUAAGCUUAUGCAACAGGAUGUUUGCUGCGUUAAUCAUUCAAAAUUCGACAAUAGUUACUUGAAGAGACAUACACUGAACAGAGCGUUCAAAAUGACAGCAAUGUGGACGGGCUGCGUGCAACUUUAAGCAUAUCUGACAGAGUGGGUUUAGUUUUGCUGGUCUUCUGGUCCUUUUCUUUGCUUGUAGAGUUUAGGGAUAUGUUAAUCAUUCUAACGUCUCUGUGCAGGGGAAGCGUGUGGCUUGUGAGGACGGUUCAGAAGGGUACAGCGACCUGUAUCAGGAGAAUGCCAUGCUGCAGAGAGAGAAUGACACUCUGCGCCUUAGAGUGAAGGCCAUGCAGGAAACAAUCGAUCACCUCAAUACCCGAGUCACACACCUGUUAGCUAAUGAGAUCAGCGCUCUGCUGACCAAGUCAAGUAAGUUCACUGUCCAGCAUGUCACUUUUUUAAUCUUAUUGAUGACUUUUGGUUCUAAGAGUGGCUGUAGGAAACUCCACCAACAGGUUUUUUCUUAAAUGAAAUACAUUGUACCAUAACAUUUUCUAACUCUUCACCUGUGUAAUUCAAAUUCCUAACUUUGUGUUCAUAUGAGGCCUUCACCAAUUCAUUUUACUGUUCCUUUGUUGUCUUUAUUAUUCAUAAAUGUUCGGUACAUCUUGUGACAUGUACCUCUUUCCUGCUUUGACCUGCAGGUGAGGGCAAUGAGGAGAUUGGAGCUUUAAUUCAAAACUACAUCAGAGAGGUUGAAGAGCUGAGGUACGAGCUCAAAAUCCUUUUAAAAGCCUGUUUUUACUGUUUCUAACUGCAGGAAGUUGAAUGUGUAGCUGCAGCUUGUAGCCAGAUAGUUUAGCCUAGCAUACUGGUUAAAACAAUAAGGAUCACAAACUUUCUCUUAAAAACAGAGGAAACAAAUCAUAGAUUUUGUUUCUUCUGAGAUACGCUAGGCUAUGCAAAAAAAGGUCUGUCUACAGUUUCUAUAUUUUCUAGAUUUUUUUUUAGCAAAUUCUGAAUUUUAAUGUAGUCAGUCUAAAGCGUGUGCAACAGCAGCUUAUUUGACCACAAGAGACAGUUCCUGGAUAUUAUUAGGCGGCUAAUGUAGAAGAGUAGAGUCAAAGUGCUAAAAGUAGCUCAGCAGAAAUUGUUGACGUUAGCUAGCCAUACAACUUCUCAUACGAGACCAAGCCUGGAUAAAACACAGUGGAUGAUCUAAUUUCUCAUUUUAGGCUCUUGAUUUAAAGUUUCUUAUUUAUAGCAGAAAGCAUGUGUGAGAAUUUCCUUUAAAGUAGUUUGAGUUGUAACAGCUUUGGUUAGCCUGCCUUCAGCUAGCUUGCAUGGAAGUCCCAAUUGUUUCUUGCACUUUUAAAAAAGAGCUGAGGUAUGAGCUCCAAAUCCUUUUAAAAGCCUGUUUUUUACUGUUUCUAACUACAGGAAGUUAAAUGUGUAGCUGCAGCUUGUAGCCAUUUAGCUUAGCCUAGCAUAUUGGCUAAAACAAUGAGGAUCAGAAACUUUCUCUUAAAAACAGAGAAAACAAAUAAUAGAUUUUGUUUCACUGAGAUAAGCUAGGCUAUGCUAAAACAGAGACUGUUCGCAGUUUUUCUUAUUUUCUUCCUUUUGUAGCAACACCUGAGUCGAAGUGCUAAAAAAAGGCAGCUCAGCAGUGUUGGUAGCAUUUCUUGCGGUUAAGUUUGCUGACGUUUGCCAGAAAGACAACUUGUCAUACGAGACCAAGCCUGGAUAAAACACAGUGAAUGAUCUAAUGUCUCAUUUUAGGCUCUUUAAUUAAAGUUUCUCAUUUAAAGCAGAAAGCAUGUGUGAGAACUUCCUUUUAAAGUUGUAUGAGUUGUAACAGCUUUAGUUAGCCUGCCUUUAGUUGGCUUGCGUGGAGUUCCUUUUGUUUCUUGCACUUUAAAAAGAAAGAAAUUCUGAAUCAAUUAUGUCUUUUUUGUAAAUCUGGCUCAUUUAUAUAUUUUUUUAUGUCUUGGUCCGUCAUCAGAACCAAGCUGCUGGAGAGCGAGGCCAUGAACGAGUCAUUGCGACGGCAGAUGACCCGGCUUUCUUCACGUGCCCUGUUCCCUCCCACCAGCCUCAGCCCCGUCCCGGGCCACCCGCUCGGCUCCUCCCCUGUUUCCAUGUCUAUGGAGGCUGAAAUGACGGAUGUGUUGCGCCGGGCUAAGCUGGACAUCGAGAGACUGAAGAAGAAGGAGAGAAGACAGAGGAGGAUGAGGUGAGACAAGUCCAACCAGUAUUUCCAUUUCAGUUUAAAAACUUUAAAAUUACAAAGAAGAAAAGUCAGGACUAAAAGUCAGACAAGUUUGCAGGUGUCCACAAAGCUCUAAUUUCUCCAAUUAUCUAAACAUCUUCAGUUAAUGAAAAUUUAAUUUCUCUUGUCUCCCUUUAUGCCCUUUUCAAUUAACCUGUUAAUGUUUGUAGUGCCUGGAGAGCCUGAUGAGUACAUUAGUGUUCAUGCCUUUACACUAUUCCCUGCUCAUUGCUUCUCUCCUCCAGCUUAAGAGGCACAUCACAAGUCGAUUAGAGUUUUGGGACAGCCAGCUUUGAAUGGACUUGGUACUCGGCCAGCUCUGGAUAGUAACGCUGGCUUGGACAUAGAGAGGUCUAAUUCAGUCGGCCAGUGGGUCAUGAGAGAGAAGAGCACACAGCCUAACAGCCUAAAUGAGGUUUAAUGGCAUAGACGUGGAGGAAUAUGGGAAUUUGAAGAUAAGAUGAGGGAUAAGCAGGGUGGUAGUAAAAGAGGGAGCAAAGGGGAGAUAAAAUUGGCAAUAAAAUCUAAAGAGCUAGAAAGGUAAGAGGGUAGAUGAGCUGAGAAGACUUUGCUAAUGACUUCAGAUGUCUGAAAUUGAUGUUAGCAUAUGACUUGGCAGUGCUCCAGAAGCCUUAAUGGAGGUUGCUGCAGUGUUCGGCAUCUAACUUAGAUAGUGAGUGUUCUUAAUACAUGUUUAUGUGAACAAAACAUCAUGAAGUUAAAACAGAGAGGCUAAAGAACAAGUGAAAAUCUGAGAGGAAUUUCAUAACGCGUCUUGGAGACCGUAUUGACAUUUGCCUUUAUUCAUAUCUUAUUCUGUAUUCCAGCUCACAAUUAUUGAUUUUUUCCACUUCUAUAGCCCAGAGUUGGAGAAGGGCCUGAAGAAGCGUGUGAAACUGCACACUCAUGAGAACGGAGAAAACGGCCAGAGUCGUGAAAAUGGUCAAAACGGAGAGAUCGAUUCUGACGACAAUUACGCUGAGGUAAACUAAACGUGUGUCAGCAUUUAGAAGAUGCAAGAGCCCAAACACACCGAGCAAAGUAUGAUGCCUUUAUGUGUUUCUGUGUUGCACAGGACAUCAUGUCUCCCCUGCAGGAGGAGAGUGGUUGUGAUGAAGAUGAAGGGGAGGACGAGGAGGAGGGCAGGGAGGAGGAAGAUGGGUUUGACAGUGAUGAGAGCUUGGUGGAUUCAGACUCAGACUCUGAAGAGAAAGGUGUGUUUUUAACCCUUUUCACUUUUUGAAUCCGGUAUCUGUGCAUAACUAUUCUGGAGAUGAAAGCAUCUCAGCAACUAAUCUGUUUUUUUCUCUAGUGACAUCAAUCAGUCAAAGCUUUCACUUCACAAGGUGCAAUGUCUCUGAUUUUAACAGAUAAAAUAAAAUAAAUGAAGCAGGGCCUAAAAACAUCUCUGGAUACAACCAUCAAAUCUAGAUUUAAAUACUCUAUGGAGGACUACGGCCUCAUCGGUAUUUUGUUUUCAAUGACAUGUCGCAAAUUUUUAAAAGGUUGUAAUGCCAAUCUCAGGUGGUACAAGUGAAAUUCUAUGACAUGUUAGCCUGGUGUUUGUGAGUACAUUCGUCAACUCCUUUCCCUUCAUGCAUACACUGCAUACAUCUCCUGUUGUCUUGAAGAGCUUUGUGCAGGUUGUGGGAUAGCUGGCAGAAAAGACAGAAGAAGACAUUUAUGCUUUCAAUCUUAAUUCAAGUCAUCAGUUUGAUCGACAGGUUCUUUUAUAAGUAACAACAACCUGUACGUCAACCAAUACCUUAGUUGUCGGUUCGAGUAAUACAAACAUGUUUUCUGAAGUGAUGAACACAUAAAGCCUUAAACUAAGAGUGCAGUAGCACAGAUUUAGGUAUGUCAUUAUACUGAAAACUUGUGGAAUAAUAUUGUAACUCUUUUUUUCAAGCAGCCAACUUCCAGGCAGACUUGGCUGAUCUGACUUGUGAGAUCGAGAUCAAACAGAAGCUGAUAGAUGAGCUCGAGAACAGCCAGCGGAGGCUGCUGAUGCUGAAGCUGCAGUACGAGGAGAAGCUCAUCCUGCUGCAGAACAAGAUCCGGGACACUCAGCUAGAGAGAGACAGAGUCCUGCAAAACCUUAGUGAGUUAAUGCAUCAUGGUAUUUGUGGUUAAUACACAAAUUGGCGUGUUGACAAACAGAAACGUGUUGUUAAAAGUAGCAUCAGAUUAUGAAGUUUAUUUCAUGCCCACACAGUGUCGAUGGAGAACUACACAGAGGAGAAGGCCAAUCGAAUCAAACAAGAGUAUGAGAAACGUCUCAAGGAGAUGAACCGGGACCUCCUGAAGCUGCAAGCAGCUCAGAAAGAGCAUGCACGCCUCCUUAAAAACCAGGGGAGGUACGAACGAGAGCUGAAGAAACUCCAGGGAGAGGUCAAUGAGAUGAAGAAAGCAAAGGUAAGGAGAAGGAAAGAAGAAUGAUUUUGGAGGGGCAAGAGCAUGGAUGAUCAAGAUUGUUUUAGCCUUUGAGGAAGUCUCACCAGUUGACUGAUUCCAGGUUGCACUAAUGAAGCAGAUGAAGGAGGAGCAGCAGAGGAGGAGGAUGGUGGAGGCAAAGAGGAAUCGUGAGAUUGCUCAGCUCAAGAAGGAGCAAAGACGACAAGAGGUCAGUGUAUAUCUGCUCCUGUGUGUUUAGGACACAGAUCUGCUCGUCAGGGGUUGCAGAGAUAGUUCAAACAGCAUAUAUGAAAGCCUGUUAGAUCUAUGUUACAUCUGUUUUCAAUGUGGCCCAAAUUCAUAUUCUCCCACUGUAAUUAGAUGAAUGAUUUAUACAGAGAAGUAGGUGUGGAUACUAACAUGCAUGUGUUGAUAUGCUCUCAGGCCCCCCGUCUGUUUGGCAGCCUGGCACAUCAAAAGAUUGAUUUAUGUCUUUUGUGCAUAUUUCACACAGAUUUGCGGUCUAGCUUUAAAUCUUUGAGGAUUAGUUUGUACGUGUGUUUUUUUCCAUAUCUGAUGUUUUCCCUGUAGUAGGAGGCUGAAUAAGCAUUGGACUUUUAAUGCUGUUAAACCUUGGGCCUCAUUUCUAAUCCUGUUAUGUAGAGUUUUAUCUGAAGUCUUAACAUGCUCUUAUGAUCAACACUUUGUAAGCCUAUUGUUAAAAAACAAUUCUGUAAUCUAAUCAAGGAAUAUUAAAAAUAGCCAAAAGCUGAGUUACAAAUUAAAAACAUUUUCUCCACCUCCUGUCCAUUAGUACCAGAUAAGAGCACUGGAGUCCCAGAAGCGGCAGCAGGAGCUGGUGCUGCGCAGGAAGACACAGGAGGUGACUGCCCUGCGGCGGCUGGCAAAGCCCAUGUCAGACCGGGUGGCCGGGCGAGUGGCCCGCUGGAACCAGACCCCCUCAGUUACAGACUCUGGAGCCGAGUUAUCAGCCAGCACGACAGCAAGCAGUUCUGAACCUGAGACGGCGAGGACUGUGAGCGGGCUGGUGAGGCAGUGGAACAACAAGAACAACGGGUUCGGGUACCUCGGAGAGAGUGAGGGGAGCAUGGAUGGAACCAGGGUCAUUGGGUAAGAUGUGUGGGCGUGUUUACACUGUCAGUAAAGAAACCCUGUUUGAUAUACUUCUUAAAUAACAAUGUAUGAAAGGCAAAUAAGGUUGUAUUUAGUGAUCAGCCUGGAUACAAUUUUCUCAAGCUUAGUUACUGUUGUUGCAGCAGGAAGCUGUUUCCAGUAAAAUUAUCUAAUCAUCCCUAGAAAGAGCUUAAAAGUAAGUAAAGGACCAACCUGAGAGCGGAUUACAUGACAAUGUUGUAUACUGCUGCCCCCAUGUGGCCAAAAACUGAAAAAAAGGUCAGAAGGAACUUUAAAUUAUGUAAAAUAUGUGUUAAAAAGAAGUCAAGAUUGACUCACAUUUAAAUUACAUGUACACACACAUAAUGAUGCGUUAGGAACACAUUUAAAGAGCGUUUGAUAAAAGCCUAGUACUUCAGUGCUUUCAUAUUGAUGGCAGGUUGGCCCCUUUUCUCCAAUCUUAUCAAUCAAUUGGUUAAAUGAAGUGUGUCUUGAUUUCCGAGGUAUCAUUCACAUUUUAAAUGUCUCUUUCCUCUCCUCUCCUAUUUCUUUGUCACCUGACAGAAGUAGGAAGAAGCUGCAGCGUAAACCAGCAGGUCUGGGCAGCAUUGCAGCAGCAGGCAGGGUCAGCAGUUUCUCCAAAUCUGCCCGCCAGAAGUGGCAAACCCUCGAGCGCCGCAUCAUGGACAUCGUCAUGCAGAGAAUGACGAUCUCUAAUGUGGAAGCAGAUAUGGAUCGCCUUAUCAAGGUAGAGAUCAGGGUUUGGAUCUAGAUUAAGAAGUGUUGUCAGAGGGAGAGCCCUUUGGUUUGGUGGCUGGUCAGUCAAAUGGUAUCACUAUGAUCACAUGACUUUGACUUGAAGAUCAUAAUUUGUGUGUGAAGACAGAAAUUUAGGGGUUUUGUGAUGAUGCACGGCUGGAUAAGCAGAUGUGUUAGAGGUGAUUAAAUUAAACCUUAAGGAUUUAAUCUGAACAUGUAUGGCAGCAUCAGAUGCAAACCAGUCUCUGAAGUCACUUUAUUUUCCUUAGCUCUUCUUGCGAAAUCUAUUUUCUUUUUUCCAAAUAUAGGAAUAAUCCUCUGUUUUAUUAUCUUUAACUAUUUUUGCCCCUAUGCCUGACUUUCUUUUUUCUUGUGUUUGUCUGUGUGUGUCUGCACUUUGUUUGUUACGAGUCAGAAGCGAGAGGAGCUGACGGCCCAGCAGGAGGCACUCUCACACAAGAGGGAGGUAUUAAUGGCGGAUGGGGAAGGGCCAGAGGCAGAGGACCGCCUCCUUCUGGAAAUAAACGAAGAGAUCGAGGUGCUGAACGCCAACAUAGACUACAUCAAUGACAGCCUGUCUGACUGUCAGGCCACAAUAGUACAGAUUGAAGAGACUAAGGUAUUAACUCAUUCACACGCACACAUAGAAAAUGCUUGCCCCCCAGUCGUCUGAGUUGGGUGUCCGGUAAAAACUCAGGGUCAUUGAUUGUGUUUUCCCAGGAUGAGCUGGACUCAGUAGACACCUCAGUGGUGAUCAGCUCCUGCUCUCUGGCUGAAGCUCGCAACCUGCUGGACCACUUUUUGAAGGCCUCCAUUGAAAAAGUGAGUCAUCACACUGUUGAGAUAUUUCAACAUCAGAUGAAAGAAAGUGAAGUCAGAAAUCAUCAGUGUUUAAAUUAUCUAUUAUCUAAAAUGGCACUUUUAGAAAACAAAACCAUCUGAGUGUGGGAUUAAUUAAAUUGUUUUAAAAUGUUCUGAACAUGCAGGUAAAAUUAGUAGUCGUUGAGUGCCAUCUAGUGGCAAUUUGUUGAACUGCAUCAUCAGCUUUGGGUAGUUUUUGUAUAAAAGACAAUUAAUAUCCUGUUGAAAAUGAAGCCCCUAUACACACUCAGAAGUCAGAUUUUCCGACUAAAAUAAUCCCUCUGUAGUGCAUUUUUAUGUGAAUGUAUCACCAUUUCUGACUGUUCUGGUUGUUGUGUCUGUGUAGAGUUUGCAGGUUGCUCACAAAGAGAAUCAGAUCCGACUACUGGAGGGUCAGCUGAGACAGACUGACAUGAUUGGCUCAUCUCAUAACCACAUAAUCCUAGAUGCCCUCAGAGAAAAGGCAGAAUACAUUCCUGAACUCCAGGCUCUUAUCCACAAUGUACAGCAGGGUGAGUGACCAUUACUGUUAGCGUCUGUUAGAGAGUGUGUGUGAAACCCUCUCAGCCUACUCUGACCUUUUAGUCUGAUUUAGCUCAUGUAGACCUUUUUUUGAACACUUCUGCCUCACUAUUGGAUAAAACCUUAGCGUACACACACAUACAGGAUUGUGACUCUGCUCAACACAAGUAACCAAGUAGUAAACAUUUUAGGACAGCAUCAGAUGAAGUUAAGUUGAGGCUUUAUUCCCAAGUAUUCAGCAUUAGCACAGACUCUCCAGCGGUAGCUAACAAGCCUACGAUUUGUCUUACUUACAGCAUCCUAUCCUGGAAAACACAGAUAAAGAUAAUAAAAGAUAAGAAGUGCUAGUGCUGUAGAUUGUCUGAGUUGUGCUGGUAUCUGACAAGUUGUAUGUUUUGUGCGCUUUCAGAAAAUGGCUAUGCUAGCACAGACGAGGAGCCCUCUGAGUUCAGCCAAGCUUCUGACAGCAGGUGAGACUGCCGUCUGCACGCCCACACAACAUCUUCCACACACAGCAUCACACUACACCUUCCUCCCACGGUGACCCCUAUUUCCCCUAAAAUCCUUACCACAAUCUGAGGCCAAAUUUUCAAUAAACUCUCGGUUAUGUAAAUAUUUUAUCUGAGGGAAAAAGUUGGGACAACUACCUUUACUUUCUUGACUCAUCUUCUCUCUCUUACUUGCAGUGUUUCUCAAAUGAAGGAGUCCAACAGCCAGGAUGAUUUCAAGAUGAAGGUAUGGAUGGUUUGUGUUACUGAGGUGCACAGUUUUCAUCUAGUUCUUUGAUACAUGAAAUAUAUCUUCCUUUCAGUUUACACAGCAACAAUGCACUCUCUCCUGUUUUUCCUCAAUGCAUUUGUGUAAAUUACUUUCACUUAUGUCUCUCAGAGUAAUUAUUUAGGGUGAACAUACAACCUCUUUUACCCAGACAUGUCCUCUUUUUGGGGGCUGUCCGGCCUGUCCAGCCUGCCUGGGGGGAGUUUAUAAAAGCCUUCAAAUGUCUGGGGUUUUAAAUGGAAGUUUUCAGUUUGUGUAGCGUGGAUUAACUGAGUUAGAAGAACGUAAAAAAACCUUGAACCGACCCGAAAAGUGUCCUCUUCUGUGGGAUUCAAAAUAUUGUUAAAUUACUAUAUAAACUGUAUGAAUGUGCAACAGUUAGUGCUCAAAACAGCAGUUGGUGUUGUUUUUUACAGUACAAAAUCCUGCCAUGCUCAUGCAAACGCACUGAUGUCUGCACUGAUUCUUUCUAUGGGCAUGGUGUGGUUGGUUUCAGUGCAGCUGUCAUUUAUGUAAGCCACCAUUGGGGGGCAGUAAAGGCAAACAGUUACAUUUUCUCCACAUUUCCUAAAGCUCUGUUUGAUAAUCUGAGGAGGAACCCCUGCUUAGACAUCACUCCUUUUAAUUAUAGCAAUGUGCUGUUAUCGAUUUUGUGAUUUUUUUUGCUAUUGUUUUGCUCAGUUCAGCCUUUGUUUAGCACCACAAAGGCUGCUUUUCCUAUCGAAAACAUGUCAGUGUUUCUGUUUUUAUAUUCUCUUUGCACUUUAUUCCCAGCUGAAUGAUGUUUUCAGGCUGUGUGCUAACAUCACCUAACCUCUACUAAUGUAUUGUUGUCUUUAUAGUUCAUGGUGAUACAAAUUAUGCACACUUUUUACCCAGAUGGAGCCUCGUCUGUCAGGACAAAUGAAGGCUGUGUCAGCGGAGUAUCUAGGCCCAAUCCUGGACCCCUCAUCAAGCAGCAAACAACAGCACAUCACCAAGUCCCUGGCCUCACUUACAGACAUUCAGGAGGAUGGCCUGGGCCUUGGGAAAAUGAGUCUUAGUUUGGCCCUGAGAGACCCCUACCACAGAGACCGGGCAUCCCGGACUAUCAGCCUACCAAUCAGGGGACACACUUUGUAAGUGAAAAAUCACUGAGAUGAAGUCAGGGUGAGGCAAAUUGGAAGCGAAGUAGUUCAUUUCUUUUGCUAUUUCAACUAUCUACCCACUAUCUUUAGCAAGCUAUCAGCCAUUUAACCACCAUCUCUCACGAGCUAACACUUUGCUCACUCAUCAAUUUAAGCAAAGAUUUUUGCUGUUUAUUUUUACUGCUGUUACCCCAGAAUACAUUACAGCAGGGGCCUGUGCCGGUCAUCCCCAUCGCAUAGUGUCCUGAUGUGUGUUCUUGUGGCUCCUCUCCUGCUUCCUAGGUUGCCUUGUGACAUUUUGGAUAAGCUAGUUAACUUAUUUGACCACUGGAACCUGAGUUUAAUUGAUAAACUUACUAAUUUCAUAACUUAAAGUAACUUUCACCUGACUAUUGAUAGGCUUUUUGAAAUGAGCACUGAAACACUCACUACAUUUCUGUAACAGAACCACAUCUAGUCACGUAUAUGGCAAACAUUCAUUCUGUUGACAUGUGUUUCUGAAUGCCAAUGAUGUGAGUUGCACACUUGUGAGUAUUAACUGAGACAAACAAACAAGUAGGACAGGAGGUGGGAAUAAGAUCAUAACCCUAAAUAAACACCCACCAGUGUUUCACAAAUAAAUGUACAAUAAAAAAAAAACAUUUCUUUACUUUUUCAACCUGACAGAGUUGUUUGGAUUUUUUUCUUAUUCCCAUUGCACCAAAUGCCGCAGCGAAGAACCACUGGAGACCCGCCAGAGGCCAGAAAUUUUUUUAGGUUAUAAAACUGCUUAAGGGAAGAAAAUAAAUGAAAAGGAAACCUAGCUGUGUGUGAUUUUAUAUUUUAAGAAAUGCAGCUGCCAGUUGUUUUAGUUUGCUGAAAAUGUUUUGACACAUGCAGAGAACCCCUGUUGCUAAAGCAUCUCCAAAGUUCACAUAGUUGUACAUCAUCCUGUCCACUCCCAAAAGAUGUGCUUAGUUUGCUUGUGUGUGUGUUUUGUGUGUGUGUCAGUCCCAGGCAGUCUCGUGGUUAUGACACUUCCCCCAUAACAAGAAGGAAAUCUUACGACCGUGCAUACAGGUACAUGUUUGUAAUGUUCCGAUUGCAGCUAUUUUGGUGCCUGAUCAGUCACAGUUUCUGAUGUUUUAGUCUCAUUUUUCCAAUUUAAUUCCUCCUGUUCUGUCCUCCUCACCCUCCUGCAUUUAUCAGGCCCACUGAUGGCUACACUCCCCCCUCCUCCCCUCCUCUGAGGACCAGGAAUGACCGUAAUGUGUUCUCACGGCUCACCAGCAACCAAACCCAAGGUUCUGCUCUGGACAAGUAAGUACACGCAGUCCACACAUUCACAAGUUACUUUUGUCACCAGGUUCCCACCUGAUCUGCUGAGUCUCACUUUGAUCCUCUCUUUUCUGUUGUUCCUUUCUCCUCCUUGGCCCCUUAGAUGGGCUGAAUGUCAGGGCUUUUGAGAGUCAAGUGCCUUUGUCUGAAGCAUAGAUACACCAUUUACGAGCGUGCUUUCCCAGCUGUUUAAUUUUGGACAGAUCCCACUCGCAGACAAAGAGAAUUUCUCCUCUAGCGCUGAUGUAGUUCUUUGGAGGAAAUGUGUGUAAACAAAUUGCAGAUUUCAGGUGUUAAGCGCACGUAAGAGGCAUUGAAGAUCUGAUCAUGAAAACCACAACCACAGGUUGUUUUUAGCAACACCAACAAGAAUGUUAAACUACAGUAUUUUUAGUCCAUAAUUGGCAGUCACCAGGUAAAAACGAAUAAAAAAAGAGUGGAGAAGCUUAUAGUGUGUCAUUCUUUAAAGAAAAACAGAUGUAUUUUGGGUAAUGGAAAAAAAGCAAGGUGUUGAAUGAAACAUUAUAAUAAGCAUAAUCGUUUUUUUAUUACAUGAUGAGGUGUUUGUAAGACAGUGAUGAUUCUGGCACAUAAAAAUCAGUUUAAUCUAAUGUGAUCUGUAUAUAAAAUAUGCUGUUUUUAAUGUGUUUUUCAUCCUACUUGCAAAGAUAAAGUAGAAGGAUGUAAUGCAUACCUCACAAGACUUAAGUCAUUAGUCAAGCUACAUCAAAUGGAGACUCAAAGUGGAGGAGCAGUGCAUGUUAAGGUGCAAACGCUGUUAGAUGUUCUCCUCCUAAGUUGUUUGUCUGGUUAUCUUCAAUAAUUGGGCACAUCCCUCAUCUUUAUUAACCCCUAAUUGUCAGCAACCACAUGUGUGAAAUGAGUUGUGGUAGUGUGGUAGCUUGUGUUUGUGUGUUGGAGCCUGUGGGUCCUCAUUAUGUCGAGCAGGGGUAGGUAAAUGAGUUGGCUCUUGCCAUCUUUUCACGCAGCUGUUGGCAUCAGUCGUUGUUUUAAAUUGAAUCAGAGUGACAGUAUAAGAGGAUAUUAAUGUUAAGGGUUCAUGUAUGUACUUCAGGGUUGACUCCCUUUAGCAGAUAAUGAAGGAGGAUGAAGUGGUGCAAGGUUUUAACUUUCAUGUUCUUUUUACUAGGAGCACAAACAUAAAUAUCCUUAAAUAUUUGUAUUAUUUUGUUAAAAAUGUGAGGAUGAACUUGUUAUGUUGUUAGCAAACUCUAGUAUUUGAUGCAUUUCAUCCAAAGAUGUGUUAUUUAACUCAUCCUUUUGGUUUUAGCGUCCUUACAUGAUGAACGCUAACCUCACUCUGACCUAACCAUGAACUUAUUACAAGCACGAACUCAAAACUAAAUGAAAAUCAUAGAUUAUAAAAGCAAUUAGAAACCCAGUGUGAGUUUGAGUGCGAAUGUUGUGUGAUCGAGUGUUAAAUAUGGAGCUGUCUGCAAAGAAAAGAAAGAAAAAUGUUUUUUAAGACUGCACACGACCCUGUCAAAUAUGAGAAUGUGAUCAUGACUGACAAAUGUGUUUGCAUCUGUUUUCUAACUUGCCUUUUUUCCAAUCUUGGCCUUCACUUGUUAUAAUUUUCAAGCUGGCAUUUAACAGUUUUAAUGUGUGUGAUGGAUAAAGAUGUUUGAAUCCAAGAUCCCUUUUUAAAUCUUAAAAUCCUCGUUCACAUCCUCAGAAUUCGAUGAAUAUAAAGAGAGGGAUCUUGUCUUGAGAGCCUGGAAGAAAAGCAGGUAUUACUAUGCUAAUAGCCAGCAUGACCAACGAUAAGGAGGGAAUUUCUAUCACUUUUUAACUCUGUUGCUCCCUUAAGACAUGCCCAGGACACUUUCACCAUUACAUACUCAUGGCCGUAGAGCACAGGCUCUCAUGGUGACAAACUGGAGGCUAUCAAAUAUUUACAAUACAAUAAAAAUUUUAUUGCACUGUAGCACAAAUAUCAGUCUUUUCCUUUGGGCUAUUGGAAAGGUGCAAUAUACAUGUGGUCCGGAUUUUCAACCCAGACCGCUUUGAGCAGGAUCCCUUGCAAGCUUUGAUCAAAAACUUGAUCCUCCCUCUGUCAACGCUGUUUGUUCCUCUCUUUUGUACUUACUCCCUGAACGCGACUUGAUCGAGCUGACAUUGCCAUCAGCGGUCAUGCACAGGGGAAGGUGGGGGAUUUAUUGUGUUGUUGUUUGACCGCUGUGUAUGACUGUUGUGAUUGUCAGUGUUUCUUCCUUAACAAAUCCCUCUAUUGUCCAAUGCCUAACCUGUUUCUGCCUUGUUCAAGUGAAUAGUUGAACAUUUUGGGAAAAAAGAUAAGAACACUGAUACCACUCUAGUCCAUUAGCUUGAUGGAGAUACAGCUUGUUGUAAAAAACUCACUUGAAUUUUACUACAUCCAAAUAAAUCCACCUUCUUACACCUUUGAAGCUAUCCUCUUGACAAAUACUGUAUAUCCCUUGCUUAAUCAUUAUCUUCAUGAGCUCUUAUUUUUUUUCUGAAAGACCCACUCCGAUGAAAAUCAUGUUUUUCUCAUUUUUUGUAUGUUCAUAUGGCAUUUUUCUGAUGCUACAGGACAUAUCGUGGUAAAAUUUGAUGCAAAAUUGCUUUUCUUAGUAUUUCUUCAUUCAAAUCUCUGAAUCUCUGGCAGACACAAACGGCAGGUUCAGAAACAGUGAGAAUUCAUACGUAACUAAUUCAAGCGGAAGAGGAAAAAUACAGAGGACGAUCGUGAAACAAGUGUGUGCGUUAGCGGAUUGCAAUGCUCGUAAGAAAGCAAAUGAAGAUAUAAGUUUUCAUCAUGUCGCUGAAGACAUUAGUGUCCGAGGGCUGAACAGCUCCUAUAUUUCCAGCCGCUUCUACUGUGCAAGCAAUGUUGCAAGCAAGCGUGGAGACUAGUGUGCAGAACAGUCUCCGCCCACGACUCGAAUUGCUCAGUCAUGUGUCUGACAGCGAAUUGCUAAUGAUCUACUGGAGCUCUGCAGAAUAAAAGUCCUUGAAAAUGACACAUGUAACGCGAUUUUUGGUAAAAACUUUAUAAUCACAAUUUAAAGACCACUGAGAACACUUUAAGUAGUUGAAAAAACGUUUGGAGUGGGUCUUAAAGAUAGGGGUAAGCUAGCUGUUUAUCAAGCUAUCCAACUUCUAGCUGUAGUCCUUUAGCCUUUUAAGAGCUUCAUGCUGAACAAGCACAGAAGGCAGAAGAGUGGUAUGAAGUUUAAUCAACUUAAAACACUAAAAUACCCAAACUGUUGAUGUAUUUCUUUGAACUAUUAACCUUAAAUGCCAGCACUAACACCAGGGGAAGACUAGGCUACGCUAAACUAGGUCUUGCUCACUGUGGGUGUGGCCGCAGUAAACAGGCAUUAUUAAGGACAACAUUUGCCGACAAUAGUCAAGGAAUAAAGCCUGUUAAGUGGUUAUCUUUAAAAAAAAAUUAAAAUUUCACAUCAGACUGCCUGAUAAUCAUGACUCAAGCUUUAUUUCUUGACUGAGCUUUCUUGCCAGUUUGUUCACUGCUUUAUAUCUAAAAUCCUUCCUCCAGUCACUCCUCCCUUGAACCCUCUACCAGUAACCCGUCUGUCUUUCCUAAGCCUGGUUAACCCUUUCCUCUUCCUGCCCCACCCUCCCCUCUCCUGCUCCUCUUCUGCCUCCAGGUCGGAUGACAGCGACUCCUCGCUCUCCGAGGUGCUCAGGUAGAGGAACUGUUGUUUGUCACUCUCUGUUUACCCAUCUGCCUGUUUCACUCACCUGGUGUCAUGUCAUCUCUACCAGUAGUGAUAGCCUUGCCUGGCUUACACCUCUUUUUUUUUUCCCCCUCUCCUCUGAGGGUGAGGUAGCUGUGGUGCAUGUUUUAACCACAUGCGGAUUUCUCGAGCUGGCUUUCCCACCCAUGUGAUGUUGUGUUUCUCUGUGGGGUUUCUAAAAACAACAAAUACUAUUAGAACGUGCUUUGACAGCAGUGACUAUAAGACAUUUGAUAGAUUUGUGCUUAGCCUACUUCAUGACCAUUAAAGACAGCAUUAUUGAGGGUAAGUAAAAAAGUACGCAAGAGUUAUAAAUAAUUUUCUCCAUCUUUCAAAUAUGUAUCAGGGGUCGGCCUACAUGCCCUCAGUCGAAUACAUCGAAGACUAACAUGAGGACUGGCCAAGCAUGAUUCACCCUGCUGAUCUGAGGAAGAUCAGGGGACGAACAGUCUAUCUCUAAAGCUACUUAUUUUACGAUUUUAUUUGGAAAACUUAUUAUAAAAAGGGUAAUUGGGGUGUUAUUGUGACUUAUGUGCUUGGUUUUGCCUUGAUUGGGUGUAGGAACUCCUUGAGGUCUGAUCAUAAGCCUUAUUUACUGGGAACCUGCCAGGGAAAGCAGAUUUUGUUCAGAUUAAACAUUAGAGAGCCUUGGGAAAGAGCUCUUUAAAUCAGCUUCCAGUUUCUUCGCUAAUCCAAGCUAAUUGGCACUUGUGCAAACAUGAAAAUAAUAUCAGUCUUCUAAAUGAAGACGUAUAGAAUAUACUAAAUAAUUACAAAAUAAAGAUAGGACAGGAUUUUUCUCCCUUCCUGCCUACUGAUUUAUUCACUCGUACAAACAGACGCACACUCAUGCACACACAGAAAUGGAUACAGCCCUCUUCAUGGCUCUCCUGCCUGUUUUUCUGUGCACUGCAGAGAGCACACUGUGAUCCCCCUCCAUGUUUUCAUUAGUCUGCUGGUCACACGGUGUUUGGCCCUGCCACAUCCAUUAGCAGCCCCAACAUUGUGUACAACACAGCACACACUAUUAUAUCUUUUGGAGGCACUUAUUUUAAGAAACAUGGCAGAGGACUGUACGAAAAUAGUGUGCGGCAUUAAGCAGCAUUAUUACAGGUACAGCUUUUGUUCUUACUUAGCAAAACAAACAAGGAUCUUGGGCGAACCUUCAGCAAAUAAGGAUUUUCCUAGCAGGUAUAUGCUGUAUAUGUAGCUUUGUUUGAUGAUUGCAAUUAUAAAAGCGUUUGGAAUAAUGUUUCACAAGAGGAUUUAAACACCAAAACUUAGAGGUUUAUGAUAUAAAUCAUGGCUACACCUGGAUAAAAACUAACAACCAGCUUUUAUCCUUUCAUCAGUUAAAAAAAAUAAAAAGUCAUUUGGUCCAAAAAAAGUAUGGGACUGAUGGCAUGUGAUACAGCGCUCAUGUCCUUUCACAGUCAGGUUUUUGCAGCCGUGCAGAGAUGUGAAAGCUAAAAAUCUGACUGUGUUACUGACUUGUUACAUUUCCAUACCUCCCUAUAGAUCCCACACCCUUUCUUUUGGUCCCUAAAGGCAACUCGCCAUCGAGGUGCUGACCUGAGAGUCAGCCCCGCCUUGCAUGCGAUGAUGCGGUGAUGAUGACAUCUGAAGACGCUGUGCUGUGGUUUAUUUUUGAGUUGCAGGAUGCUGUGGAGUCUGUGAUCCACACUGUGGCUUUUCAUAUCAAUUGUUUUGAGCUUAUUUUGUGCAAGUGGGUUCACUUUAUGUUUCAUGAGACGUGGCAUGAAAUACUUUCACUGGCUGAUGACUGACAGCUUUUGAUUUUUGUUGGCAUUUUUGUGCACCGUAAAGAAAACAUCACAAGAAGAGUGGUCAAUAUUUCAGUUUGAUUUGAUGUGUUUGUGUUUGUCUUCAUGCUGGGACAUACCAACUUUCUGGGUAUGUGCAGGCACUGAAGGGGAGCAUGCUACCAUACGUUUUUCUGGUUUGUGCAGACGGACCUGUCCUGAGUUUUGUGUGUUACCACGGAUCCCCCUCUGCCUCCUACAUCCUCCAGCUCUCCCUCUCUGUAUCUCCCUCACUCGUUCUCACUCACAUACACACCAACCACUACUGGUGUUAUUAGGAAGCUCACCAGGGACCAAUUUUCCCACAUUCCUCCCUCUUCUUCUCACCCUCUGCCGGUUCUGUCUCAGUCCGCUGACUGCUCUCCAGGCACUUUGGGACUCUGGCCUGUCAGUGGGACAUAGAUUGUGGAGUGUGUGGGGUGCAGAAAUUGAGUGCAUAUGGAAUAGUUGGGGCUGUGUGGGUUUGUACAUUUCAGUAUAUUUUAGUAUGCAUGUGUGAGAAGGAGGAGGCAAGACGACAAGUUGCAUAGAAAAACAACAGCUCUCCCUGUUGUAGUGUCUUAAUUGGGCUGGUCCCCAAAAAAAGUAAAAAAAAAUAAAAACAGAGGGAAGGAGGGUUUGAGGCAGGCCAGAGAUGGAGCAGAUGGGCUCAGAAAACCAGCAGUAAGAUGUUUGUACAUCUUACUACCUAUGUGCAAACUCAAGGGAGUACAUUUGUUCCCAAUAAGGUUUGUAUUGAUACUUAACAAUGAAAGGAUAUUUGUGUUCUGUUGUGCAUGUCUGUUAUUAGUCUGAGUUUCACAGUGUAAACAACUGCAGGUAUGUUGAGAUGGAAAAAACAGCGCUUUCAGUUUUUAUUUUUCAGUGACUGACACACUGCAUGUGCCUGUGUGAUUUUCAGGGGUGUGAUCAAUCCCAUCGGGGGUGUGAAGGGGGGUCGGACAGCACCCCUGCAGAGUGUUUCAGUAGCCGAGGGCCAUUCAAAGCCAGUCUUGUGUGUGGAUGCCACAGAUGAGCUGCUGUUCACUGGAUCUAAAGGUACUAAAUUUGAUUUACUGCUUUUUUUAAAAUCAGCACCAUAAUAUUACAUGAAUGGUUGAUUUAUCCCCUUUGAAUCCAUCUUGUUCUUUUUGAAGCAAAAUACAAAACUGUUUAAAUAACUUUAGCUUUAUGACCUGAAACCGUGAAAAACUCAUAAUUAUAAUCAUAAGCUACGUCAAAAGAGGGGAUAGGUUAACUAACUGCUUGCCUACUUACCACUAGGUGAUCCUCUUGGUAAAAUAUUUAAAGAACUAAAGUAAAAUCACCUUUUUCAUGUUAAGUAAGAAUGAAUGAUUUAAGUUUAGCGUACAGAUUAAUGUCAGAGGUGCGGAGAGGCGCUUUUGUAGGGAGAUUCAGUUGCUUUUUUGAUAAAACUAAACAUAUAAUUUUAUCCUUUUUCUUAUACUAGCUAAGCAAACUAAGCUGGAUUUAACCAUGUGGCUUAUUUUUAUCAUAUUUUUAAGCUAGAUCGAGUAAUAUAAGCAUAAUUUCAAAUUAAUUUGAGUGUUUUUUUGAGAAUAUUUUUCUUUUCUUACUUCUCCUGUUUAGCUUUUUUGCACAAGGCUCAGGUCAAACAAUAACUGCUAAGCUGAGGCCUUGACUAACUUUCUAAAUAUUCUUUUUCUACAUAUUUCCUUUUAUUAAACUUUGCUUCCUUUUUUUCCUCCUCCAGAUCGUACUUGUAAGAUGUGGAACUUGGUGACAGGACAGGAGAUUGUCACUCUCAAAGGCCACCCAAACAAUGUGGUGUCUGUCAAAUACUGUCCCGCGUCCUGUCUGGUCUUCUCUGUCUCCACCUCCUACAUCAAGGUGUGGGACAUCCGCGACUCUGCCAAGUGUAUCCGCACACUGACGUAAGUUACCUACCUAAAACCAGGAGGAUGAAACAGUUGUGAGCAGUACAGCUAAAAAAUUCAUCUCAGGAGUUGUUCAAGAGGGAUGUUCUUCCCCCUGCACAGUGAUGUGUUUCGGGCUGCAGCAAAUUAUGGAUAAACUGAGGGAGAAUUUGAUUUAAAAUGCCUCCAGAGAAAAUGACAACUAGAUUAAACUUACCUCUCUGUCGACUCCUCCUCUUUGGUUUUCCUUCUAAUUUCUGUGAUUUUUAUGCUCUUCACAUUAUAAAGCCGUUGUUUGAUUUCUCUGUUCCCCACAGUUCAUCAGGGCAGGUGGUCUCUGGGGAUGCGUGCGCUGGCACCACCACCCGCACAAUAACCUUUGCACAGGGUGAGUGUCAGAUCAACCAGAUCGCCCUCAACCCAUCAGGAUCGGUGCUCUAUGCUGCUGCUGGAAACACUGUUCGCAUGUGGGACCUCAACAGGUGAGAUUUAUUCAUUAGUUUGUUAAUUGAAAUACUCAUCGAAUUUAGAGUUCAUUUAAGUCAUGCAUAUAUAAUUAAUUUGCUCAGCUUUUCCUACAUUCAUUGGCUCAUUCAUGCACAUAGUUUCAGUAAAGCAGGAGCCUAAUUCUUUGAGACACAGGUGUGGAUCUACAAAUAUUUAUUCAGUUUAUGUUAUUCAACACAAGAGCUGUCAAAGGAAAAAAUGCAGAAACUCAGCCUGAUAUCAAGGUUGAAGAGGAGCAGGUUUUCCAUAAGGCUGUUUCUGAUAUCUUGUUGAAAAACUGUCUCUUUCAGUUUUUAUGCAUCCAGAGGGAAAUGAUCAACAGAUUGGAGCAGACAGUUUACGCUGAAGGCCUCAGACCAAUUUAAUGAUGCAUAACAACCCCCAGAAAUGAAAAAUGAAUGUAUUAAACAUUUCUUCAGUAUCAUCCCAGCCUUUGGCGUUGCUGUGUCGCAUCAGUUUUACUCUUGAGACGGAAAAUGAUUUCAUUCAGUGAAACUGGCAACUUGAAAAUCGGAUUCUUGUAAAUAAUGAAUCUCACAGACCUUUGCGCUGCUUCUGUGUGUGUGUGUGUGUGUGUGUGUGUGUGUGUGUGUGUGUGUGUGUGUGUGUGUGUGUGUGUGUUUAGGAUGCAAGCAACGGGAAAGCUGACUGGUCACAUUGGCUCAGUCAUGUGUCUGACGGUGGGACAGUCUCUGCUGGGCAAAGACCAAGUCAUCACUGGCUCUAAAGACCAUUAUGUGAAGGUAACAUGUGCCCACACUAACAUGUGAAAACCCCACCUCAGUGUCAGACAUGCGGACACAUCUUUAACGGUUUUAUUUUUUAUUUUUUGGACUCUCUGUAGGUGUUUGAUGUGGCAGAGGGGACUCUGGGAAAUGUAGGUCCAGCUCACAACUUCGAGCCCCCUCAUUAUGACGGUAUCGAGUGUUUGGCUGUAAAUGGAGACGUGCUUUUCAGCGGAUCAAGAGAUAAUGGCAUCAAAAAAUGGGAUCUGGAGCAGCAAGAGCUCACACAGGUGUGUGUGUGUGUAUGUGUGUGCUUGUGUUUGCUUGAGUGAAUGCCGACUGCAUGUUAAAUGUGAAACUGAUAAUGAAAAGAUAUUUUUCUGAAAACCAACAUUUUCCAUACAUUAAAGUACAGACAAUUCAAGCCUUUAAUAAAGAAUAAUAAUAAUAAUAAUAAUGAUGAUGAUAAUGAUAAUGAUAAAGCUGCAUUUGUCAUAUGUAGCUACAAAUGUGCAAGUUCACACAAGUUAAUCCUCAAAGUAAGCUGGCACUAAGUUCAGUUCACACUGAUCAAAUUGAACUGGUUCACAUUCGUACUUAAUUUUAGUUUUUUUUUUAACCAAGUUCAUGGUCCAAAAAAAUAAUUUAGUGCACAUUCAUUUUUUUCCAGCUCCACCCAAGUUCUCUGUCGGUAAACCCUCCUAACUUCAAUCCUUAAUCCUUAACCAGAGACAUUUAUUAAACUAAAUAAAAUAUCACAUUCUGUUGUAGAAAUACAGACAGAGGGGAAGUUUAAAAGCCUAGAAAAUUGUAUUGGAGUGUGUUUUACUAAAUAGAAUCAGCAUGAAAGAUGAUGUGGAUGAGAUGGUUUUCACAUCCAAUUAACUAAAAAGGCUAAGGGUGAUGCAAAAUCGUACAAACAAACAAAAAGGGAAUCAUUCUCCAUUAACAUAAAGCUACACCGUCCUACAACCAUACACAGCUUUAUCUUGAUGGAAUCAGAUUUGUUUGUAAAAUUCCCUCAAACGUUCACGAGCGCUGGUCUCUCCAGCAUCACAAACUACUUCUGAGCUUUGAGAAGCAUUGGUGCCUUAAAUCAGACUUCUUGCCUGCUGUUACACGCAGUGCUUGGUUAUCUCGGCGGCUCUUGAUACAUCUUGGACCUUACCAAAAAGUGAGCAAAUGUUAACUGUCUUCAGAACCUCAGAACUACAAUCAUGGUUCUGUUCAUGAGUUGCAAAAUGAGCUGCUCAGUUCACUGUUCACCAAAACAUGAGUGUGUCCUAUGAACUGAGACACAUUGCUUGUCCUUGACUGUUUAAAUCUGCACACAUGUUCAACAGAGUGCAGAGUUAAGUUGAGUGAGUGCUGUUAAAGCAGUCAGACUCAGCUACCAUAAACAUUGUGGCCACAUGUACUAGAGGUGUAUGAUACGAUACUGAUAUCGGAUAUCAGUCCGAUAUCAACAAGAAAUCAAAUAUCGGAUUAAAUCGGCCUACAUCUAAAAUCUCCGAUACAAGCAGUCCAUUCCAGACUCCGCUCCUGCACCUCUAUCUAGCAGCACCGGGAUCCAGCAUGUAAUCACAACAACAGCGUGUACUGUUCAUUAAAGUCCCAAAAAGACGUUGCAGCUGAGUGCAAAACUUGUCAUGCACAAGUUUGUGCUAAUAUCGGAUCAAUAUCAAUAUUGGCCAACAUUGAAGGCUACAAUAUCGGUAUCAUAUCAGAGGUAAAAAAGUUGCAUGUGCUGACCCAUUUAAGAAGCAGAUGUGUCCCAUUGUUUACUUUAAGCUCUUGCAGUAUAUUGUAUUUGUGUGAAUUACAGUUGGCUACAGAUGGUGAGCUUUUGUUUCAGUCAUGAACACACUGAUGAAACACUUAUUAACAUUGUCAAAGAGGGUAGACUACAUAUAGGUCAUAGUAGUUAUAAUCAACUUCUAAACUUUUUUGUUUUUGUUGCACAAUGUAUGUUAAAGAAAAGAAAUCACCCAGCUAGUUUUUUCUUGUGUCGAUCAGCUCUCAUCAGCUGGUACAUUAGGUCAGCAGGGUCACGUUAAAGUCUGAGAAGCAGAGUGAUUAUGUCUGGUGAAUGUAAAGCUCAUCUUUUGAAGUUUAGAUCUCAGUGUUUGCCUCAGCACUGCUCUUGACAUUGUAUGCAGAGAGCCUACAGGUGAAACAUGCACAGUUCAACAUUCUCUGAGGCGUAUUAUUCCUCACCCUUGACCCUCAUCAUCUUGUGAGAAAAGCCUUUCUUCUGUAUGGCAUUGCUGCAGUACACGCUGCAUAUAGAGUGUCAACAUGGUUCAAAAGGGCUCUAUUCAGAUCAUUGUGUGAAAUCCUAUCUAUUGGGUGAGGAUGCCACAUUUAAAUCAGCUACAUUACUUCUUUUGUGGAGAAAAUUGAAAAUAUUUCAGCAUAACAGUUCAACUGAAUAACAGGAAAAGGCAUUUAAUUUAUGAGUGGACAUAUUCACUGCGAGCUUCUGUCUGCUUGCAGGAGCCAGCUUUUAGGUCUGUACCUCAACUUCACCUCCAAUAUGCCAUUUCACAGACAUAAUGUGAUCCUGCAUCCUUUUCAUCUUUAUCUGCAGAGCAAAUGUCCUCUCAGGUGUGAUGAAAGGUAGCUUGCUUGUAAAGCUGUACAUUGUGCUGUACAUUGAGUUAAAAGCUUCUCUAUCCCCACAUGAUCCAAGAUCAGUAAAAGAAUUCCUCCAAACACACUACAUCCAUAAAAAUCCAUGGAUUAUUUCAAGUUUAGAAAUGCCAUAUGAUCAAGUUGUCCAUGAUCCAUCUCAACAAAGGGGGUUUGGAUCUGUCCUCUCUCUGAGGUAAACAAGGUAGACAGUUUCAGCUCCUUUUAGUGAUCCAGAGUGAACCAUCUCAGAGCCUGUGUCCUCCACAUUUUCCCCCUGUCCUCCAGCUGUAUUCCACUAAAACUUGGUGCAGGUCAUCACUCAUGUGUCUUGACAAUGCAGACAUAUUUUAAAAUGAGCUUUUGUCUCAGACUCUGAUCGGCAGUAAAAAGAAAAAAAUAUAUUCUGAAUGGCCUGAAGGGGCAAUGAUGAUCCAUUGACCUAGCCCUACAUAAACCUUAAUUGGACACAGACCAUUGGACCAUGGGUUGUGUUAGACCUUGCAGAAGUUAUAUCAAGUAAUGAGAAGAAGAAGUUUACAGUCUUUGAUACCUGAAGCUUAACUUGUACAAGAAUGCUGGCAGGCUCCUAAUGAGAUAGUUAAAGCCUCUGUAGGGAGUUUUUGAUAGGUUCUGAAACAGGCUGAAAUGAGUAGUGAUGCGUUUCCAUGAUGUAUAAAAGCAAAUUAUUCUGUUUCUGUUUUUGACAACAUUGACAUUUUCUCUAUCCCAAUUCUUAAUGCCUGUAACUGCUGUGACGGGGGUAGGUACACUGGAGAAACAACCUUUGUUAUAUUUCCACAGCUAGUAUUAAAAGUGAUUCAUAAAUUUCAGGGUGAAAUGACAAUGGGAGGAGGCUUGUAGAAAACCACCAUGACUUUCAAAAAAAAUUAGAUGAAUCUAGCAAAAAUCAUUUGUCCACUGGGGGCACUAAAAGUAACACAGGCAGAAAGUUUUUCACAGGAGCUUUAACGUCCGUAAAAUGGAUGACUUAAAGUUUUUAUGAAUAAAAAAGUACAUAUUUGAUAUCAAAUAUGUUUUUUUUUUUUUUUUUAACCAGGUUGGUUAGUUAGUUACUUAGUUACUCAGUCUUUAUGUCUCCCUUGGGAGAAAUUCGUCUUGGACAGACCAGAGGCUCCAGGUGCCACAAACAAUCAUCAUAAGGACAAGAAGCCCUUUACCACCGUCACAGGCUCAGCUGUGAACAUGAAGCCAGUAAAGCCCUAAGGUAUUAGACAGUUCCCCUCAUGCCUUCUUUUACCCUUUCUCUGUGCAAAAAGUCAGCAGAGUGUUGUCGUGUGUAAUGUGGCUGAAAAGCACUGAGUCAAAACUGAGGCGUUGGAGCCCAAAGGCAUCACAGCCAUGGGUACUGGAGAGGAGAGUGAUCCCGUGUGCAUGUGUUGACUCCUAUGUAUCAUCUUUUGCCUGUUUAUGCUAAUAAUGCAUUGUAAUGCACCUUGUGGGUGGGUGAGCUUUACUCAUUUGCAUGCUUGGUAAUUACAGUGUGCAUAAAGCGCCUCUUUUUGAAGUUGUUUGCCUAAGUUCUGUUUAGCCUUUGUGUAUCCAAACAGAGAAAAUAAGCACAUAAGACAUUAUCAUUUUCAUUUAAAGGUUGGACUAAAUCAACUCUAACUGUGGUCUACCGCAUCUGACCUCAGCCUCAUUUGUGAACAGCCAACACCGUUCGUUUUACAGCCUCUCUAACUCUGCAGUCUCCGUCUAAUUAUGUAAUAGGAUCAAAUUGUGGCUUGGGGUGUAAUAGAAUAUAUUACAGACUCUGAAACUCCUCCAGAGUUGCUGCUACGAGCCUUUCUGCUCCAGCCCCCUCUGUUAAAAUGCAUACGUGUGUUUCUUGGGAGAACACUUGAAGCAAUUUGUUUAUAAUUACUCAGCACUGUGGUUAAGGGAGUCCCAGCUGCUUGAUAAAUAUUUCAUAGAGCCUCCAAAAAGCAAUAUCAAGUUUGCACGUUUACUGUUUGUUGGCAUGCUUAUGCAACAGUUACUGCAGUGUAAUGUUGGGGUUAUGAGGUGUUGGAAAGCAAUAACACUUUUGAAGCGGUGGUGUAAGGUUGUUUAGAGUGAGUAAGGAGGAUGUGAACUCUCUUUCUGUUGUGUUAUUGCUCAAUAAUCCUGAUCUCUUACUCUUGCAAAGCUUUGCUCCAUUUGCUCGAGAAAUUCCCCAUUUCCUGAUCAUUUUUCAGUCUAGAAAGCCGGUGUACAUGAUAGAUUUGCGGUGAGCAAAUAAAUCUAAAGUUUUUAGCGCUAAGAGGCUUCAAAUAACCUUAACUCAACCUGUUUCAACCUUUGAGAUUGUCAUUUGAACAAUACCAAAAUAUGUUGCACAAACAAACAGACAACAUGGUUCCAUACAAACUGGGAAUUGGUUGUUUUGCAAACCACUUAAAGCCAAUGUUUAAUUGAAAAUAUGUGAAACAGAAAAACUGUGUUUUGUGAAAAAUAUUCUCAUUUCAAAAAAGGUAGCAGAGACAUAUUUCUAAAUAGUUGUUGCAGUGACAUAUUUACCUUUGUGUUGCAUCACUAUAAACAUUUUGGACCCAACAAAACAAAAGGUGACUGUUAUGGUCUGUCAGCAGGCCAGUCUCACAUGCUGCCUCUCAUCUACAGCAGAGUCAUGCUGCUGUAACAGGUGUGAAAUCUAGUUAGGCAUCUUCCUGCUAUAUUAUAUAAAGUCCCCCCUGAAAAGGUAUUAUCUAGUUGGCACUUAGCAGCAUAUGUUAUUUCAAAACCUGUUUAUUUUUCAGUAUUAAUGGCGUCUUCCUCAGUGUGGAACCCAGUCCAUGGGCACUUAUUCAUUCCAGUACCAUCAGGGGAUGUUUGCUUUUGAGCUAUGCACUGAUAACAAGCUGGGUGCUCCCUCUCCUCUUUAGAGCAGAGGUUACUGUGUCCAUAAUUUCCAAAAAAUAAAGUCCAGUUUUGAUUUGUCAGACCAGAAUAGUUUCUCCCUUCACUUUAGUCCAUCUCAAAUAAGCUCGAGUCAAGAGAAGUCCCUGACUUUUUGGAUCAUGUUUAUACAGUGGAGGAAAUAAUUAUUUGACCCCUUGCUGAUUUUGUAAGUUUUUCCAUUGGCAAAGAAAUGAAAAGUCUCAGAACAUUAUCAUUAUAAUGGUAGGGUUAUUUUAACAGGGACAGAUUGCACAUCAAAAAGAACAUUGAGAAAAUAACUUUAAAUAAUAGAAACUGAUUUGCAUUUCAGCGAGUGAAAUAAGAAUUUGAAACCCUCUAACAGAAAAGACUCAAUACUUUGUGGCAAAACCCUUGUUUGCAAGCACAGAGGUCAAACGUUUCUUGUGACUGAUGACCAAGUUUGCGCACAUUUUAGGAGGAAUUUUGGUCCACUCCUCUUUGCAGAUCAUCUCUAAAUCACUAAUGUUACGAGGCUGUCUCGCUUUAGAUUUUCUAUUGCGUCCGUUUUCCCGUUGAUGCGGUGAAGUUGUCCUGUGCCCUUAGCAGAAAAACACCCCUAAAGCAAAAUGUUUCCACCUCCAUGCUUGACGGUGGGGAUGGUGUUUUUGGGGUCAUAGGCAGCAUUUUUCUUUCUCCAAACACGGCGAGUUUAGUUAAUGCCAAAGAGCUCAAUUUUGGUCUCAUCUGACCACAGCACCUUCUCCCAGUCACUCUCUGAAUCAUUCAGGUGUUCAUUGGCAAACCUCAGACGGGCCUGCACAUGUGCCCUCUUGAGCAGGGGGACCUUGCGAGCACUGCAGGAUUUUAAUCCAUUGCGGUGUAAUGUGUUUCCAAUGGUUUUCUUGGUGACUGUGGCCACUGUAUAUGAUGGUUUCCUCUUUGUGCGUUAAAGUUAAUACCCACAUUUUUAGCCCCUGUAUAUACUUUUGAAAUAUGUCCAUUUAAAAUUAGCAUAUACAGUAAUUGACAUUAAACAAUAACAUUUUCCCGUUUUAACAUUUGUUAUCUUUGCAUCAUUUUCAAAUAAACAUAGGCUUUAAUUGAUUUGCAAACCAUUCAAAUAUGUUUUAUGAACAUUUCAUACCACAUCCAAUCUCCUACUGUGUAUGCAAAUAUAAAAUGAUAUAAAUUGGAUUGUCUAUAUGGCAUCUUUGUUGUUGCUCACUCUGAAAAGGAGCGUGAAUUAACAACUAAAAAGACUAGAAAGAGGUGCAGGUAAUGUUUAAUUGAUGAAACUUGAGAAAAGUAGUCCACUGCAUCUAGGCCCACAUAUAAUUUUAAUAUGUACACAUAAAUUAAUCAUCUACACAUCCAUUUACAACAUUGAACGUGGCAUACUGUAAUCUUCUGCUGGAUGUGCUCAGUGAUCUUUGAUGUUUAAGUCUUAAGACUUUCUUUGUAAUCGCAAGGACACUUCUGGCACAAUACCAAUACAUAAUGCAGUAAGCUAGUAUUAAAUUGUAUAUCUGUGCAUGCCUUUGAUCAAUGUAGCCCUUGAUGAACAAAGUUGAUCAGACACACCUCAGCAUUGGUGUAAAAUCAUGACUUUAUGUCACGGCAGAGUCAGACCUUUAAAGCAAACAGAAACCCCACACACGGAAAAGAAAAUGCUGCCAUAUGAUGUACAUUUGUACUGGAGUUUUCAAAGCAAAGAUGUUGCUGAUGCAAAUUUGUGGUUGACAUUAAACUGUCACCUAAUUACUUUUAAGAAAGCGUUAAUCUGCUCUACUAAAAUUGUAAUCGCCAAUGCUGAUGCUGUAGAUCGUGUGCAGGGUGCAGUUGUCUAUCCUAACCAAACUUUUUCUCAGGUCUCACAAUUAACUGAAAUUAAAUGAAGUAACUCAAGAAUGACGUCUUUUUGCUUUUAUACUUGUACCAAUGCACCCUGCUCCUCCCCUCUUCUGUGUUUUGCUUAUUAUUUCUCUUAAGGCAGCUGAUAUGGGCAUGUUUUCAAAUCUGUCUGUUAAAAUCUGUCUGUUUGGUCUUAUCUGGCUCACAAAUUCCGGGGCUGGUGGUGAUUUUGAAUCUUGAGCGGCUCCUCCUCGGUCUGCUGACCAAACAUGAGCUCACGGGAGUUUGCUGCAUCUGACUCUGUUGACCAGCUUAGUGGAGGCUGGUUUUGGUUUGGUUCUUUGUGAAAUUAGAAUUACUAGUCCUGGUGGUUUUGACAAACUUCUCCGUCUUGCACAGAGACUUAAUCUUACCACUUUUCUUGCCUUUACCUGAAUUAGGGAAGAAUAAUGCUAGUAUUUCUGAGACAGAAUGAUCAUCAGCCACUGUGCGUGUUUUAGGGAUGCACCAAUCCGCUUUUUUUUACCUCCAAUACCAGUACAGAUAUCUACAGUUUAGUAUCAGCCGAUACGGAUCCAAUUCUGAUACAGAAAAUGCACACUGAAUUUCCUUUUGUUGAAACCGGAAGUUUCAUCACUGCCCCUAGGAACUGCGCAGGUACUGCAAGUGGCUGUCGAACUUGUAGGUCGAGGUAUUGUGAUAAAGUUCAAGAUAGCAGACCCCUUAGGUUGCUCCAUUUUGAAAGCAAUGCAGGCAUCCACUCAGCGUGUUUACUUGUGGAUGCCGCUCAUGGCGAAUAGCAUAGAGUUCGGCUGAAUAGAUUGCCCCCUAUGCAUUGGGCCCAUUGUCAAUAUACCGAUCUAGAAUUAUUUUCUAGUAUCGGAACCGAUACCAAUAUCAAAUAUUGCUUCGUUGCAUCCCUAGUGUGUUUACUGUUUCUCCUGGGAUGCUUCUGCACUGAUUUGGGCAUAACCUCAACCGCUGGGUUGUAUUGUUGAUCUUACAUAAGCUAGUUGUUAGCUUAUAGACAAAGAGUAACAAGUAACAACUCCUUUUAGAUAUCUCUUAAUUGUAACAGUGUCAGUGGAUUUGUAAAGUAACUGGAUACAAAACUAAAUAUGCAGAAUAGGAGAAGUAAAAUGUCCUUUAGUUUCCUAAAGGACAUUUCCUUUAGUCUCAAAGACCUAAAAAGAAAAACAUGUGCAUUUAUUUGAGAUAGUUGGACCUUUGUUUGGAUCACAUGGAACAUGAAAGCUAUAGAUUUGCAUGCAACUGGGAGAUAGAAAGAUGUUGAUUGUGUAUAAAAAUGUAAAAGGAACAGAAAAGGCAACCUGCUGUGUGGAGAUGUGUUUGGAAAGCCCCUCAACCCCAACCCACCCCUUCGAGGAAAAAUAAUUUUUGUGUGAGGUCCCCUGAUGCACAUAAUAAUAGAAAUAAAAUUGAAGUUAGUGUGUUAUUGUAGAUGAAAGCUAAUCUCAAAAUGACAGAUUAUUAUCAAAGAAUGGCAGAUGCAGUUAAACAGGAAACAACAGGAGAAAGCAGAUAAAACCUGUUGGAAAUUAUCUUCCUGUUCAUGGAUUUUAUUGAUUCCUAGAACACUGAAUCUGCAGCUCGGCUGGCUGAGAAAAUACAACAAACCAAACAAACAAAACUGGUGGCACAAAAUAUGCUAAAUAAAAUAAAACCAUAUGUUCAGUUCAAAGUGCCAUUUGUGCAGCUGUUCUUUGUUUUAGAGCAGAACUGAAGUGAUUGUGUAAAAAGCUUUAAAUCUGCAAUUUUAUUUGAUAUAGUAUCUUGUUGUCUCUCACAUUUCUUUAAAAUAUGUAAAUAAAUACGUGCUAAAUUUAGGUUCCUGUCAAGGUCAGGAGCAUGACGAAAUAAUUGUGGAGCUGAAAAAUGUCCCAGAACUUCGUUUAAUACAGAACUUUUCCCAACAAGUGCUUCACGAAAAAUUCAAAAAACGCCAAAAAAUAAGCAGUAGUAUCCAUCUGCAGAGAUUUUCCUCCUGUUGCUGUGUAUGUAGGCAGGUCAUGCUAUUGUCAGAACCUUUGCUUAAUCCAUGAAUCACGUCAGCAGAUAAUGCGGCAUACUGAACACAGAUACAUGAGCUAAGAAUAACUACAGCAUUGAAGCUAAAUACAGCAUUAGUGAGUCUGAACACCUCACCUUUACUUGCAUGUUCAGGGUUCCCCAUGCAUCCUGGAAAAAAACUAAAAAUCCUGGAAAAUGGAAGGAAAAGUAAAAUGUCCUGGAAAAUCAUGUAUUGUCCUGAAAAAUUUUUCUAACGGGACUAGAAAACUGCCCAAUCUGGCAACACUGGUCAGGCAGAGAGCUUGAUGGGAGGUCAGUGCCUUACAACUUUCCCUACAGGCUGAGAACUCAAUUACUGUACUAUAGCUAGUAGCCGUGCAAACUCCUGAUAGUGAAAAACAAACAAAACAAAAAGAGCAACACAGCUGCACAGAAACUGCACGUUGUACACAUCUCUAAACACAAUAGACAUCGCCACACAAUAAGACAGUUAAAACUCUUUUAAACCUUCAAAUACAGAGUGCGUGUUGUAUAUCGGUGCAAUUUUUCCAGAGUUUACAGUCACGUUAUUGAUGACAUUAUAGCUGGCACUGAAUCACUCUUGUCUGUCUUUCUUGCUGACUGAGCUAGGGUCGCACUUUCAAGUCAGUGUUCAGCUAUGAGGCCAGCAGAAGUGAGAGUGAAAUACAUUUACUUCAUACAUUGGUAAACGGCAGUCGAGAACAGUGUAUAUAAACUGCAGAUCGUAAGAGAUAAAACAUGCGUUUAUGUGCACAAUGAAUAUGACCCAACUGUGUAAAUGAAAUGGCAGAAUAACAGACCACUUUGCUGGAUGAAUAUCCAUGAUAAAUAAAGUAUAUUUUGAAUUGAGUUGAGAAAAAUGUGUGGCUAUUUUUGCCAUUUAGGUCAAUUUAUGCAUUUUAAUUCAAUGUAUCCUCUGAUUGUUAUUAUUAUUUAUUUAUUUAUUUAUUUCAGUAAGAAAGCUUCCAGAUGACUUUGCUGGCUCUUUUGUUUUUUGCUGAGUAAAUUUUAUAUUUUUUGAGAAAAGAGGAAGCUGAGAUGUUCUUUGUUACUUGGUUGCACUACUAAAGUGAGGUGCUGUACAUCUGUGGUUGCAUAAAUCUAUAAUCCAUUUGUCAUGAAGUAUGUGAGAGGUGAUUUCUUUGAUACCCAUAGACUUCACCUCUUUCAAUGUAGACUCCCACUGAGAGGAACAUAUUAGACUAUUUAGGAACUAAAUUUAGACAUACCAGCUUGAACAUCACUAAAAAUGUCCCGGAAAAUGAUCUCUGGGAAAGAGUUGGAACCCUGAUGUUGCCUAGCAACAAUGUGCAUUCUCCAUUCAAGAAUUAUGCUGCAUUACUGAAGAGGAUUUACAUCCAUUAAAAAUGAAGGCUGAACAUGUUUUUCUGCUGCUAUUUUAAGGCAUAAUAACCCAGGUGACUCACAGUCAUGUAACUGUUAAAUAACUGGAACAUUUGGAUCUAAGAUCACUCUAUUAUCACUGAUUUUAGGUUUCUGCUUUGAUUCCACAGCAAAUCCCAAACGCCCAUAAGGACUGGGUGUGCGCUUUGUCGUACGUCCCGGGUCGACCCAUGCUGCUGAGCGGCUGUCGGGGUGGUAUGCUGAAGGUGUGGAAUGUAGACAACUUCACCCCCAUAGGAGAGGUCAGAGGUCAUGACAGCCCAAUUAACGCCAUAUGUACCAACUCCAGACACAUCUUCACUGCAUCCAGGUGAGGAUUAUAAAGUUCUGUGCAAUAUUUCACCACCGAUUUGUCUUCUGUUUUUGCAUCUUCAAAUUUACCUACCUGUUGUACACUCACCGGCCACUUUAUUAGGUACACCAUGCUAGUAACGGGUUGGACCCCCUUUUGCCUUCAGAACUGCCUCAAUUCUUCGUGGCAUAGAUUCAACAAGGUGCUGGAAGCAUUCCUCAGAGAGCUUGGUCCAUAUUGACAUGAUGGCAUCACACAGUUGCCGCAGAUUUGUCGGCUUCACAUCCAUGAUGCGAAUCUCCCAUUCCACCACAUCCCAAAGAUGCUCUAUUGGAUUGAGAUCUGGUGACUGUGGAGGCCAUUUGAGUACAGUGAACUCAUUGUCAUGUUCAAGAAACCAGUCUGAGAUGAUUCCAGCUUUAUGACAUGGCGCAUUAUCCUGCUGAAAGUAGCCAUCAGAAGUUGGGUACAUUGUGGUCAUAAAGGGAUGGACAUGGCCAGCAACAAUACUCAGGUAGGCUGUGGCGUUGCAACGAUGCUCAAUUGGUACCAAGGGGCCCAAAGAGGGCCAAGAAAAUAUUCCCCACACCAUGACACCACCACCACCAGCCUGAACCGUUGAUACAAGGCAGGAUGGAUCCAUGCUUUCAUGUUGUUGACGCCAAAUUCUGACCCUACCAUCCGAAUGUCGCAGCAGAAAUCAAGACUCAUCAGACCAGGCAAUGUUUUUCCAAUCUUCUAUUGUCCAAUUUCGAUGAGCUUGUGCAAAUUGUAGCCUCAGUUUCCUGUUCUUAGCUGAAAGGAGUGGCACCCGGCGUGGUCUUCUGCUGCUGUAGCCCAUCUGCCUCAAAGUUCGACGUACUGUGCGUUCAGAGAUGCUCUUCUGCCUACCUUGGUUGUAACGGGUGGUUAUUUGAGUCACUGUUGCCUUUCUAUCAGCUCGAACCAGUCUGGCCAUUCUCCUCUGACCUCUGGCAUCAACAAGGCAUUUCCGCCCACAGAACUGCCGCUCACUGGAUAUUUUUUCUUUUUCGGACCAUUCUCUGUAAACCCUAGAGAUGGUUGUGCGUGAAAAUCCCAGUAGAUCAGCAGUUUCUGAAAUACUCAGACCAGCCCUUCUGGCACCAACAACCAUGCCACGUUCAAAGUCACUCAAAUCACCUUUCUUCCCCAUACUGAUGCUCGGUUUGAACUGCAGGAGAUUGUCUUGACCAUGUCUACAUGCCUAAAUGCCUAAGUUGCCACCAUGUGAUUGGCUGAUUAGAAAUUAAGUGUUAACGAGCAGUUGGACAGGUGUACCUAAUAAAGUGGCCGGUGAGUGUAUAUCUGUCUUGCAUUUUGUUGGUGUAGUAAAAGGAGUAAUAAGGAGAAUUCUUCAUUUUUCAUGGAUGAACUUUGUGGAAAGACAAAGUCCAACAAUUAAAAAUUAACAGGGCUAAUAGGCUAAUGUUUUGCCUGUCACAGAGCUCAGUUGUCUUUCAAGAAAUAUUAAAAAGAUGUCCAUGAAGAUCAUGUUUUUCAUGCUCCUAUCUCUUCAUUUUGGUAGGCCUCCUGUCACUAAACUUUGAACAUUCAGUAGUUCACUUGUUUUACUCUGCUGCUGGAACUAAUCACCACACAAGUGCACUGUUCACUACCCUAUGAGGAACAUUCGCAGAGGACUGUGGAACCAACUGUAAAGGAAGAGAAAGCUUUUCCUCAUAAUAGAAUAAUAAUAGUAAAACCACAUCAUAUCAAUUUUCCAAGAUUUAAAUCUUUAGAAAGAAGAAAUUUCCUCGUAGCUUAGUUAAAUACUAACACUUUAAAUAUUUGACACUCUGACCACAUGCUUUUACCAUGUUUUUCAAACUGUUACAGAAAGGUAAGAAAUGUUCUCCUCUUUCCCUGAAUGUUCCUCUGUCUGAGUAAAUAAGUGGAUCAUGAUUCAUCCCCUCUUUGUCUCGCGUAUUCAUCUCCAGGUGAGCGUCAGCGUCUUGUCCUUAAGAGAGGGGUUACAAACUGCAUCCUGUUUGUUGAGAUCUUGGUCGUCAGCUGUUGGUGUUAACAUUUUUGUGUUCAUGUGUGUGUGUGUGUCCAUGUGUCCAAGUGUUAUAUUGUGGGAUCUUUUCUGGCUGUCUACCUUAAUUUUUCUGGCUUUGUCUGCACUCUCUGAACUCUCACUGAAGUUAAUCAACACUCGACUCCUUCUUACUGUCUGCUCUUGUUUCAUCACUUAACUCUCCACUGUCUCUUUCUGUAGUUCUGUUCUUCUGUCAUCUUCUCUCUGGUCAUAUAUUUCCUGCUAUUUGAUCAGUCAAACUCUCCAUCUUUAACCUCCCUGCUUCUCCCUCUAUUCCCUCCCUCCCCUGUGUUGCGCAGUGACUGCAGGGUGAAGUUGUGGAGCUAUGUGCCGGGUUUGACCCCAUGUCUUCCUCGACGGGUCCUGGCAAUCAAGGGCCGAGCCACCAGCCUCCCAUGAUUGUCCCUCCUCUGCUCACCAACCCUCCUUCCUUCUGGUACUUUCUUAACAAAUCUCAAACUUCCUUACCUCGUCCCUCUUCAUUUCCCCAACUUUUCUGUUUUUCCACCAAAUUGGUCCCCAAACUUUUCUUUUGGCUUCUCUUCUCUUUCUACUCCUUGUGUUUUUCUCCAAUCAUUCUUUUUUUAAUCCCUUUUCUUCUUUUGCCUUUUCACAUGCUUCCAGCUGGCUAAGUUUGACGUCUAUUUUUUAAUGUGUUAUCAUGGUUAACACUUCCUUUGCAGACCACUGCCUUCACUGAGACAAACAGCUUUGAACAAAUGACUCAUAGUUCUGCUUAGAAUAACUUUUCUCCUCUUGUCCACAGACCAAAUUUAUCUGCUUUUCCUGUUUGCACUUUUAAUUGGAGGUUUUAACGUUGAUGAAAUGUACUUAUUUACUCUUUUACAAAGAGUCAGACCAGGAGACAAUUAAAACUUCUUUGCAUCUGCUAUCUUAGCAAUAGAAUGUACAUGAAUAAAACUAUUAGGCUGGUACAUCUAGACCUCUUUAAUACAGAGACAUAACUUUUACACUUCAUUUUCUGUCAGGAUCAAUUGAAUGAGUUGAUGUUUAUCCAGUUAAGAUGUUACGGUGCCAGUAUUUUUCAUUGAUGUUGGCAUUAUUCAUUUUACUUGCCCUUAUGCUAUGCUAGUAUUUGUAAGGGAUUAAUAGUGAGUGGAUGGCUCUCCAAAUCUGCGUCAGGGUCCUGCUCAACAACCUGCCAGGAUUACAAUUUGUAAAACUGCCUGCUCACUAUAAGCACAAAAAAGAUGACAGAAAACACUGAUUUGAAAAUGAUUUUAUUGAUUGAAAAACUGAUAUAUUAAUAAAGCUGAAAACUAUUUCCUCUUGUUCGAUGGCAGUAGAUUAUCAGCUAAUUUGUGGGGCAGAUUAAAGUUUAUCUAAACAUUUAAAUUCAAGUUAAGAAAUCUUUUUUUUUUUUUUUGUCAUUUUCAAAUUUAGCCAAUGUGAACUAGACUUAUAGUGGAGAUGUGCUCACAAGCUCUGCCUAAAUUGUAGAGAAGGAUCUUGCUUCACUUUUCCCUGUAGCUCCUCAGAGUGUUCCCAAACCUGUGCCCUGAAUCUGUCAUGAUUUUCUGACACUCAAGACCAGCCUGAGACAAAAGCUGUUCUUUUAGUCACAGUGUUCACCAGUUAAAUGUGCUAAUAGAAACCAACUGUUUUAACAGGCAGUGAUCAAACCUGCCACACUUCUCGAGACGAUUGAUUUGAUUGUGAUCAGGUUGUUGUUGAGAAUUGUUCACAGAUGUUUCGGGGUUUGACCAAUCAGAAUUAAGUAUUUCAUAUAGGCAGGUAAAAAGAAAAUUUUGUAGUUAACUUGAGUUUCUUUCUCUUUACUGUUACAUCAAAGUUUUUGUGAGUACGAAGCGUCAAUACAGUAGUAUUAAAAUGCUAUCAGGGCUCAUAUCUAACCAUGAGUGCAUUUCUGACAAAGUCUAACAAGCACUAGAAUCAGCAUCUCUUUACACUUACCGAAGAGAGCAGAUAAGUCAUUAAAGUGCCCUUGAUAAACAUUUGACGCUGCUGUGGUAUAGUCUGACGAAUAAAGUGGUUUGAUUCAAGACAGUAGAAACAAACUUUUAUGGCUAAGUGGAAAAAGUUAGAAAGAGAAAAUAAAAAGGUUUUUUUUAAUUUACUGACACAAUGCAGAAUAGUCUUCAAAUUGUGUGUGUGCGUGAGUGUGUGUGUGUGUCAGAGAGAGAGAGAGAGAGAGAGAGAGAGAGGGAAGUCUACUUUUAAGUCUAUCUUUCAUGUUGUUUUUGAUGUGCAAUGGGUUGUUUUGAAAGAGAAAACAGCUUGACUGAUGUUCAGUUAUUUUCUGUCUCUUGUCGUGUUCUCCUCGCUGUCUUUUGCUUAAAAUUCUAACACCCUUUCUGUCAUUUUCUCUCUUUCUCUCUCUAGUGACAAGACAGUGAAGAUCUGGUCAUCAAAGGUUUGGAGGAAGAGGUGACAACAGGAGUGACAUCGGUUUUCUUUUUGUCGGCCAUCUUGCCUGAGCUGCUCACCUCAAGCAACAAGACACUGAAAACACAUUUUCGAAGGCAAUCAAGCUGUUUUCCCUCUUUGUCGGGGAGCAAAAAAGCAAAAGUGGAUUCAGAACAUGUAUUCAGAGGCAAAAAAAAUCUAUUUGCCUUUUAGAUUUUUUUUUACUGCCAAUUUGAAAGUGCCAUUCUGGUUUGAUGCUAUUCGGACGAGAUAAACCCAGUUUUCUCCUGAGUGGAUUUCCCAGGCUGAACUUUUUCUUUCUACCACCGCCUGGUGUCAAAGACAAGGAGAAAAAGUAUCCUUCUGUUCUUUCAACUACGUACAACACUGAGGAACAGCUGGAGAAGAGUUUGCUGAAAAACAUGGAGUCAUAUGUCUGAUGUGUCUGAAAGACAAGAUGCAGGAAAGUAUAAACCCUCCGAGGAUGUUAACAUCCAGGAUGUCUAUUCCUCCUUAAGAGGCUGUUUGCCUCAAAACAGCUGUGACUGGAUACUGAACACGCUGAUGGGUCUGCGGCCAAUCAAUUGACAAUUGUUGAUCGUGGAAUCAGUAUGACUGGAAAACGACACACAAUACUAUCAACUUGAUACUUUGUUUUUUACUGUGGAGGCUCUUCAAUCACUUUAAAUCCAACUUCCUCUCAGUUUGACACUGACACUUUACUGUGUUGUACAAGACGUGUUUUUGUAUGUCUCCAACUCAUUUUUUAUUUUUCCCUACCUCAGUUGUUUUGAACUUUGGCAUGAGGUGGGUGGGAACAUUUUUACGGGUCUCUGUGUUCAAACACCAGGUGCUUGACAUUUCAAAGUCUUUAUUUGAUGCCUGGCUCUUCAUCUCUGUGUGGAUGUGUCCUCUGUGGCUUCCUAGCUUACAGCCUGUCUAGCUGCUGACCUGGCAAACAGGAAAGCACACAUCCAGUAGAACUGCCAAGGUAGUAACACCCCUAAAGGAACCUCACUGGAUUGUAUUUUUUUUGUUCUCUUAUGUGCUAAAACAAAAGUCCAAAAAGGAAACACACAGUGCACACCUACAGAAGACACUCCUGACAUGUUUGUGAGUCAGGUACUCCUCUGUGGCCAACUUUAACUGAGCCAAUCUACAGUGUGUAGUUCAUACCUGCCAUUUAUCCUCCACACAGAUGGUAAAAGGAGUUCUGCCAGUACCCCCACCCUUUUUCUGCUCGCCUUCAGUUUCCCACUGAUCUUAAAGGUUAGCAACUGUGUCAGUCUGACCAGCCUUACUGAAGAGCUACUGAACUUCUCUGAAAAUCAUUUUUAAUCAGAGGUCUACCGGCUGCUUUUUAGGCGAGAUUACUCGGGUGAAAGUAGGUCAUAACUGAGGGGGAUUUCUUAUUAAAAUCCCGGUUUUCUUCCACCCACUUUUUGCUGCUACAUCUAAAGGCAGGAGCAAACUUCCUGUGCCUGUGCACUGAUGUACAAUUCUGUUUAUGUGACAAAUUAUGCUGUACGUAUGUGUGGACAAACACACACGCACAGACUUUGGAUACACUCACGCACGAUUCUUCAGUGGCUGUUUUGGUUAUCCAUCUUGCCUGAUAGGUCUUGGCAUCUCUCAGUAUGUUGAUUUAGUGUCUCUUUAAUGAAGCAGAUUCAGCGCUGCAGCACUGCACUGAACCACACUUAUGCACACACUCACGCCUGCAGGCAACAGGAAUAACCCAAGUCUUAAAAGUCCCUUCAAUUACGUUUUUGUUGUCUGAUGUUUUAGUGACAGACAUUAGCAAGCAUGCAUAUCACUCUUAACAUAAAAAGCUAUUCGGAUUGAGUGCACUCUCCCUCGUUAAUGAGACAGAAAUAUUUGUAGCUUAAUUUAACAAAACAGAUCACAAAACAGCAUUGACACGUGCUGGAGCUAGUUUAUGCUUUCGACAUACUUCUUGCAAAUUCUCCCCUUUAUAGGAGAGAGUACUUUUGUGCUGCUUAUGGCUGAUGUUGCCAACAUAAGUUCAAAGCUGCUUACAAUCUCCAAAAACAAUUAUAUGGGUUUUAGUUCUAUGUUUAUGGGGUAGGGGGGUUUGUUUAGGUAAACUGUGUAGAAAAGGGGUAACUUGUUAAAGCAUUCUUGGUAUUUAUGUAUUGCUUAACUUAGAAACUCAGGUAAGGGUUGGAGGAUAUUAUUUCUCAUACUUUAGUAAUUACUUAACCCUGUGGAUUUAGAAAGCUCUUUGAAUCAACCAAAUGCCUUUUUUCUGAGAUUUUCUUUACUUUAACAGGUACUAACAAUGUACCUACCUUUUUUUUUGUAAAGGAUCCAUUUUCAUGUUUUAUUUUUGUUUUGAUUCCCUUUACCUGCUAUUUAUGUACUGUGCUUUUUUUGAACAAAAUGUUCGCAUCUUAAGUGACAUCUUCCAAAUCUUGUCAAAACUGAAAAUCUAGCAACUUUGAAGAGAUGUGCACUGAUUUUUGACUGAGAUUUCUUGUAUGAAAUGUUGUACUUGUUUGGUAAUUCAACAAAAAAAAAAUGAAGUGAGCGGUACUCAAUGUGGUCAGCAGGAAAACUUUGCUUCGCACUAUAAUGAGGUCUAUACUUUGGCUCUGAGCAAGACCCCACUGGGCCCCUCACUGUUGACUUUGUAGUUAUCUGUGCUAAUUAGCCAAACUGACCCUGCUCAGCAGCUCCGUGGUAGGUUUUAUCGAGAUAGCAAUGCUAAAGCAGCCUGUCUCGAUCAUUUUUGUUACUCUCUACUGCUUCUUAUCCAUCGCGUUCACAGGGGGCAUUUUCCUCUGACACCAUACUGAGGCUGGGAAGCUUAAAUGCUGGGAAAUGGGGUUUUAACUCUGCAAAUUCUGUAAACAACAACAUGAUUAAUAACUAACGUACUGCGUCUUUAUUACAGUCUUGUUUCUUGAAAGACCAUGAUCAAUAAAAAAAAGGGACUCAUUAGGCCUGUUUUCAGGAAACAGCCACUUCCAGGCUAACAUUAGUGUUUGAUGGUACACAAUCUGACCCAAGACCCAUUAGCUAGCUAGUUAAUGUCGAUAGCUAGAUAAAAUAUACGCUAGGUGUAACUCGAAUGCUUUGGUUGUCAACACAGCUUGCAGCAUGAGUUCACAAUGUGAUUUUAAGUAAAGUCACAACAGCUAACAUUUGCAUUCAAGCAGUUUUCAUUAAUCAGCUAACUUAAUUAUUAUUAGCCUUGAAGUUGCACUUUUCAUGUAGUUUUAGCUGCGUAGUUGAAACCAAUCUCCUGGCUCAAGGCAACUAAGCAGUUAUUAAAUCUGUAUUUCUAAUGUCUUUGCAGUAGUUCAACCUUUGUCAACCUUGAUAACAGCGGUACAGUAUUGUAACAGUGUUUUGGCUUCUCACCCUGACCAUGGCUCUAGAGGAAAAUUGGCCUCAUGUGAAUGCUGGCUUGUUAAAGAUGAUCUUACUGUAGCUUUAGAUCCUGUCUUAGACGUUUGUACAUUUACUAAAAGAUGCAAGAUGUUAGUGGUGCUCAUCGACUGACUAAUUGGAUGUCUGAAAACACAGAAAUUCAGUUCUCCUGGUACUGUCUAUAACACUUGAGUGGGAAUGCUGUGAAAAUCUCCAAGUUUCUGCCUAUUUGCCUGAAUUAUGAAGCAUAAGCAUGUUAUGUGCUUCGCCAAAGAUUCCUGCUGAAAACCUACAUUUUCAAGCCAAGCAGAUACACUAAAUUACGAUCUGGCCUCGGAUUGGCCACACCCAAAGUUAACCAAAGGACAAAAGGCUUCCAUUAUGCCAAUGCGAGCGCCACUUAAUUUAUUGGCAGUGUGUAAAUACGUGUGUCAUACCUUCUUUUAAUAUUAAAUCUGAGGUUACCUGACCAUUCUCAUCAGCUGACCCUGAGUGAGCUCUGCAAGUUAGGAUUAACAUGCACUUUGGAUGAUGAACACUGCUGUGAAUACUAUGGUAAAUGUUUUCAAAUAUGUAUUAAGCCUAGGAUUAGACUUAGUUUACAAAGACACAGUUUACGAGUCUGUAGAAUGGCUUUGAGCACUGAAAUUGUACUUAAAAGGAAACAUCUGAGUAGCUCCACGGUAGGUUUAGGGAUUAAUAUUCUUACUGAUAUGGUAUGUUUCUUAACAAUGAAGAUAUAGAGUGAAGCCUGUGCCCAGUAUGUUCCUGCCUCUUAAGUCCCCUCUUUAAUAUGGCUAAUGUUUCCUGAAAAUGAGGAUUUCCUUCAUUCUUAUUUCCCUGGCUGGCUGCUUGGUAUUUUUUUAAAUAUCACUGACCACAAACAGCUUGUAUUACUCCACGACAGAUAUGAGAAACACAAAAUGAGGAGGGUCUAACUUUAAUCUUGGAGAGAUAUGAUCUCAAUUUUAGAGAGUGGUAUUAUCAGACUUCCUGUACCACUGAGCAUGUGCUGUGUACUGUUUCAUCAAUAUUUCUCUGACACCUUAUUGGUGCAGCAGCUGGUGGUCUUGUGAAGUCUUUUGUUGCUUCCUGUUGCCACAAAAUUUGAAGUAGAAAGCUGUUCAACCAAAGCUAAAUAAUACUUGAACAGCUUAAAAACUCAGUCACUCUUUGAAGCCACAGAGUGUGUUGAAUUGUAUGUUAAAAACUCUGGUUGAGACCUCUCUGUGAAAUUAAAAAAAUCACAGCUCAGCACACACAGAUCUCACUUUGUGACACUUGGUGAACUGAGUGUUAGCAAAGUCUGGCACUUUGUAGCCACAACUGCUAACCUGCCAAGCUUACAGAUCUGAAAAAGAAGUGAAGCAGGAAAGGAUUUUCUCAUAUUUCAGGAAAGAGUCAGGGCUUGUUGUGGCGUCGAUUCCUUUUAAGGUUACAAGAAUAUGAUUGGGCAGGAACUGCUUUGGAGGGGGCUGAUUUUCACUAAAGCAAACCGAGAUAAUCGAUGUAUUUUGUCUGUAAACCAGUUUGCCUGGUGUUGUAUAUUGGGAAAAAAAAGAUCAGCGAGUCAAGCUGCCAGUCAGACUGAUUGUGUGAUUACCACCUUCAGCAUUUCCAGCCCAGCCCUUUCAAAACAUCUUAGGACAACUCAGAGAGGAAAGCUCAGUAGUCAGCCUCUCAGCUUCAGCCGUGUGCCUCUGCCAACAGGCCGUACUGCCUUACAAGGACAGAAUGUGAUUGUAGGACAUUAACAAUCAUCUACUCAAUAUCCUGAAUCUGUAAUAGUCCCUUUUAAGGGAUUAUAGAUUGUCCUACAGAUUGUGCAAGUCAGACAUCUUGGCUCACUUUAUCAGUGUGGCUUAAAGACUUUGCCCUGGGCUGAUGUGGAGAAGAAAUGACUUUUAGACACAAUCAAGAGGGGCUGCUGAUCACGAGAGCACUUAACUGAAAAUCGCUCUCUCACACUUUCACACCACGCAUGUCUUCUCUGCAGCUUUCAAGUUGUGUUUCUACAGAUGUGUGUGGUCAUAAGGAUCUCAAAUAUGGUUAUACAGCAUGUCGCAGUGUAUCACCAUAUGUACUCAUCGGACUUAAAUGCAGGGUCAAAGGUCAUUUGUGCCUUUUAUUGCACAGACUAUUCCCUCUUAAAGGAGUGUAAAUGUUUGUACAGUUUUUUUUUUUAUGACAAUGUGCAUGUGACCAAGCCAUGUAAAAUAUCUGACUGUAAAUAAUGUAAGUAAGUAUUUAAUGAACAAUCCAACGUUCCCUCAAGACAAUAAAUAAGUUAAAAACGACAUCUUUU